GUGUUUGUACCGGGGACAGUCCCGUCGAGUAGAGCGGCAGCACAGACGGACAUUUCCAUCUUUAUCCGAACCAAAUACAGCAAAACUAACGGAGGAAGAAGAGCUGAAAAAAGUUGACGAGGUAAGAUCUACCUGGUUGCAUUUGUUAGUUUCACUUCGUCGGGUUCACUUUGGUAAAAAUAUAGUUUAAGUUGAACUGUUGUUUUUUUAAAUAGGUGGUCUAUGUGGUUUUAAAGUUAGGCUGUUAUCUGCAUGUUAUCCAUCACAGGGCUCAUGUGUGCUGCAUUUAUGAAGUUCCCCUCACCAGCUUUAUGUUAGUUUGUCGAUAGAGUUAGGAUAUAAACUUGUGUUGUUAAUUCUGUUUCCAUUUGAAUCAGUGUUUGGAUUGUAACCCCCGGUCUUAAACACAUUACAAGAUCAAAGCUUGUUGUAAGGAUUAAAUUUAAAGCAAGAUCACUUCGAGUGUUCCUCGGUGGGUUUUUAAUAAAGUUUUCCUCCCGGUUUGAAGACCCUCUGUGGAGAGAUUACUGUUCAGCACCGCGGACAGCUCCGCAGCUCCACAGCAGGCGCUCAACGUGAGCCCACGCGGGUUAAAACGCUCGAGACUUUCUAUACAACUGUGUAAUACUUCAAAUCUUCAUUUUCUUCCAACUAAAAGAAGAAGUUUGUUUGAUUUGAAGAGAGGCAGUAUAAGGCAGCCCACUUCACGCACCUGGAGGUAACAUGGAAAAACCUUUAAGGCAUUGAAGCGAAUAGGAAACAACAACUACAAUGAUUUCCUCCAUGUUGACAGAGUAUAGUGGGCUUUAUUUGGACGAUUAUUCAGAUGGACAUUGUUUUUCGUGGUCCUAAAGAAGGGGUCACAACAUGCUCACAGCAGUGGAGAAGGCUGAUUCUGCCUGAGACGUUUCCUGAAGUCUGACCUUUGCUUUCAUGUCUGUUUAUCUGCCCCUGGUAAAGCUGGUUAGUUGUAAGACAGAGUUAGUAAUGGUAUAUCAAGAGUUUGUCUGAAUGUGGGGACAGAAGGAUGAAAUAAUGCAGAACAGGCUCAAAAUUUCCUCCUAAAUAAGAUGAACGUAGCUGUGUUUGUUGUUUUAUUUCAUGUUAGUGCUUGGCUGUAUGCUGUCUAUGUGGAUGACACCAUGUUUCUCACUUCUCCAAUACACCUGAUUCAAAUGAUCAGCUCGUUAUCAAGCUCUGUAAUGGCUUAAUAAUGAGCUGAUCAUUUGAAUCAGGUGUGUUGGAGAAGUGAGAAACAACCAAAACAUGCAGGACAGUGGGCCUCGAGGACUGGACUUGACUAUGGUGGUAAAUCCACCUCCUUAUUGUUGUAUGGGUCUUUUUAAAAUGUAGUUUAUGUUGUUUGGUCCACGCUUGUUGUCUUGCUUCACACGUUUGUUGUACAUUUGUGCCACCAGCCCAUGGCUCCAUUACAUGCCCAUGUUCAUCCCUAAGCACUGGCGCCAAUUUACAAAUGAAAAUAAAACAUCACAAGUACUACCUACACUGCAAAAUGUUUUAUAUUCAGGGAAUAGUUGAUAAAAACAGAGGUGUUGUUUGUGCACAUGCAGGCUGGUCUACUAAAGGCUAAGUCACUCUGAUUCCAGGAAUUAUUCAAACUUUUAACCCCCCCCCACCUGUCCUGCUGUUGUACUUGUUAAUGUCAGCAAGGACGAAGAGCUCAGGCUGACCCUUAAGCAGAUAAACACGUGUGUGUGUGUGAGUGAGUUGUCUUUGUUUGACGGCAGACUCUUAUUUGCAACUAGCAUUUAGCACAAAGCAUUGUAGUUAAAGAAGAAAAUAAGCAGGAUAUAUCUACGCUGGCUGAAAAGUUAUCCAAUGAUAAAGCUAAAUUAAAAGUUUGAUUGUAAAGUAAAAGAUAAAAUAUUCAACAACAAUCUUGAUUUUCUCUUCCAUCUUUGUCAAGAUUUACUUAAUGCCACUUUUGGCCUUAAGUAAAUUUCUGUUAAGUAAGUACAGUGUGAGAAAUAUUGGAUUAUGUGGAGUCUUGCUGCAGCUGAUUGGUUACUCUCCUCUAUCACGUACUUACAGUAGCAAGUAAAAGGGUGGAAAGAGCUUGGAGAGUUUGCAGUAACACCCGACUUUAAGCUGCAGGUGAAACUGCUGUGUUCCCUCAUUCUCCUUGUAGAGGAACAACUGAAAUGAUGAACAGAAAUCCAGGGUGUGCAAAUAAUCAGUCUCCUGGUGAGAAAAUGGAUCCUGCCUUGACGUGAACAACACCACCCCCACCCAUCUACCCUCUUUCUCUUCUCUUCUCCCCACCCUAGCACCCAUCACUCACCCAUCCAUCACCCUGCCCACAGAAAGGUGAGAAAUAACCAGCAGCCUCCUGCCCAGUCCUGCUACAUCUGUGGAGAAGCACACACUCUUGUCCUUUUAAAAGCACACUCACACUGUUUAAUUUAUCCCCUUGUUAUUUAUUCAUCUUGUUCUCUUUGUACUGCUCUCAUGUUAAAUUCAAUCUGCAUGAAAAAUGCCAGCUGGUAGAAAGCCGUAAUAUCCAAGAAUGCGCUGUGAUGACAGUCUUCUUCUUCUCUACAUGCUGCCCAUUUAUUGGCUGCCAGCGACAAAAUGAGCAGAGGGAUCACAUUCACAGUCUUCACUUGGCAGCUGCUGCCUUUUUUGUCUCCUGUGGGAUUUUUAUUUAAAGAUUUGUUUUGUACUUUCACUCUUUAAACCUGUGUUGACUUUUAGAGACACGUGUUUUGCCAAAAAAGAUAUUUUUCUAGAUGUCACACUUUGUCAUUGUUAGUUAAUUCCAUCUUUUCUGUGAGGGACAGAUGUUUAAUGAAGCCCUGCAGGAUGACUUAAGCUCACCCACUCUUUUGGUUUUUAGACUUAAAUCCUUGGUGCUGUUUGCAGAGGCGUGGGCUCAGAGCUUCAUGGACUUGAAACUUUCAUGUGACGUGCAAAACACUCACUUUUUGUGACCCUCAGAAACUUUUACUGAAAGAAAUGUCAAGUUUUAUACAAUUCAAACCAUUAUUUUAACAUUGUUUCUUACAAAUUUGCUCAGUGUUAUUUACACCUGCAGCAGCUGCACAGCUAGACCAUCCUGCAUUUCACUUCAGCCUGUCCCAUUGAUCAACAAGAGCUGGUAAUGCGAUAGAAAUGUAGCAACACACUGAAAUAUUUAGGUAAACUUAGAUGUAAUUUCUAUAUUUUUAAACUAAUACAAAAAAUAGAUUUUAUUAAUUUUUUAUGCAUUGGGACAGAUAUAAUUUAAGACAGUGGUUCUCAAGUCCAGUCCUCGAGGCCCACUGUCCUGCAUAUAUUUUGGAUGUUUCCCUGCUCCAGCACACCUGAUUCAAAUGAUCAGCUCGUUAUCAAGCCAUUACAGAGCUUGAUAACGAGCUGAUCAUUUGAAUCAGGUGUGUAGGACAGUGGGCCUCGAGGACUGGUCUUGAGAACCACUGCUUUAAGAGAUUUUUGUGUUCCAGGAGACUCUUUGUGUCUUUUUAAUUUACAAUAACACUCCAGGGGCUAUUUGUUGCCAAACUGUUUUAAUAGUAAAAAUAAAAAAACACCUUAUCUGUACAGCAUUUCUCAAAUCACAGUCACACAGUGCUCUACAAGAGUAGUGAACAGACCUGCCCAAUGUGAGAAAAAUAUCGGGUGUGUAGUAACACUCUUCAGAUUUGCCAAAAGGAACUGAAACAUGAUUAAUAACAAAAAAAUAAUGAGUGUAUAUCAGCUCUGACUUCUAUUUUCUGUGCUGCUGAUCUUUAUAUUUCACACCAGGGAUUCUCAAUACUGGGUCCUGACCCCCAGAGUGGAAGCCCAGGGGUAGACGGUUGUAGAUUUAAAGAAAGUUUAACAUGAACAUAUGAGAUGUUUUUAACAGGCUAUGGUUUUUACAUGAACCUUUGUACUACUGCCAUAGUUUGUUGUAGCACUAUGUCAGCGUGUUCAUUGUAUGACGGCUGCAGGUGAUGGCUCUGGUUUGCAUGAUGAUGGUAUGACACAGUGGCUACACUGUGGCAGCAACACACUCAACAAAGCUUGAGGCAUGAGUCAGGUUUAGAAACAUCAUUUUACACUGAAUCUUUGUUUUUACAACGUGUUUCUCUUGAAUCCAUUGAGCAGGUUGUUUUCAUCACUGAAUCAGCACUCAUUAAUCUGAUUGAUACUUCAAACUGUACCGUACCAUCAAACUGUAGAAGAGGGAUGUCCAUCAAACCCAGGCCUUUAUCCCAAAGUUAACAACAUGCUGAGAGGAAAUCAUGGCGUCAGUUGUGAUUGUGAUAUAUUUACAUCGUGUUUGUUGGAAUUGCUCCAUUUGCUUUGCAAUAAAAUGCAAUUUAUUUAGCAGCUCUUGUUGUAAACACAAAAUAACACUUUGAUGGGGAAGAUGAGUUGAUGAGGGUAAGGCACUGUUCAGAGGGAUGUGAACUGAGACAAAGAUGGACACACGCCUAUGAAUUAUGAUCCUGAUGCUCCAUUAACAAAUGGAUGUUUCAGAUGUUGGAAUAUACGAUACGUUGACCUCUUAUUGAUCUGGAUGACAUGGCAGGGCUGCAGUAACUCGACUCCUUCAGUGCAGUCGCUCCUCUUUGCAGCACUUCUAGAGAGCUUGUUGUUUUUUGCCUCAUUGUUAUUGUUCUCGCUGUGGGAAGAUUUUAAAGUGGUUACAAAUGUGUGAACUUUUCCACAGCAUUAAAUCAUGCAUCUUUUAGUUCAUGUUGAGACAAGAUCAACUUCAGUCGGCUUGUUAUUUUUGUGUACGCACUUGUGUCCUUCUUGUUCUAUUUGAAUAUCAUCUGUCCUGUGUGUGCUUAUCACACAAUGUCCAUGUGUGAGUGUGUGAAAUAACAGCAUGCAGAGAGCCGCACGUUGACAGGUGUCCAUUUAAACAUGUGCAAGCAGGAAGAGGAGGAGAAGUGGUGCAAAGUAGAGUGUGAUGGAGAGAGUGUGUUUGUGUAGUUGUGUGCGCUGAAGGUUCUGUGUUUGUUAGUCAGAUCAAGGCUGUGAUCGCAAAUUGGAAAGAAAAGGGAAAGCAUGUAUGAGGGAGGAAAAGUAGAAGAGAGCGAGGGAAAGUGGUCGGUGUGUUAUGUAAGUGUCGUGAUGCAUCUGUGUGUGUUUGUGUGAGUGUGUGUUGUGUAGGUCUACAGAUUAAUCCAGUGGGUUUUAUCCUUACUGAAUGGGACAGUGGGGCUUUGCAGUGAUUAUCCCUGCAGGCCACAGAUGAUUGCUUCGAAUCUCCUGUACGUCCCACACCGCCAUGUUUCUCUCUCCACAUAUGUUCUCAGCGUCUGCUCAUGGCUUCGUCUCCGUCAUGUAACGUGGUUGUGUUUACAUUCAGUAAAAAUCACGAGGAGGUGAACUUCAGAAGUUUUUGUAGAUGCUAGUUGGAUCAUUUCAAGGAAGUUUUAGCAUAACAAUCCCUCUGCGUAGUAAGAAAACAGUUCCUUUGACUAUUGUCAAGUGUAGCUUCAUGUUUUCCUCCCCCUAGUCGCACAUGUCUGUCUUCAUGUCUAAUCUGCCUGUCUCCAUCAAAUCCCUCCUCCCAUAUCUUUCUGUCCUUCUUUAGAUUAUAUAACAAGGAAAUGCUGGAAAUGCAAUCUGCGCCAUCAUCCCCUGCUCAGCUGACACAAACAUGGCUGAAUGCUGGGAACCAUUAGGCAUUUCGGUCAUGUAAUCCUGCGUCAUUUGAAGGUGUUAAAAUCAGAGCUGCGAAUGGUGAGCGGUACAUUUUUACACUCGCGGCCAGGUGGUCAAGUUGUCACCGUGUACCUCUCGCUGAGCAGCAGCUGCACACAGUCAUUCAGAGGAAUACUAAGUGUUUAGAAAAAGGUUGAGACGAACAGUCACCCCCUGAAGAAAUGCAAAGUUUUGUCUGUUACAUUCAGUGGCUUUUUACUUCAUAAUUACACAGAAACUGACCUGCUCAGGCUUUAAUCCACAGUGAUUUUCCACAGCAGAUUUCUCUCUGCGGUCUUUCCUGUCUCUCCGUGGGGAAUGUUUUAAUUCGUUGAAGGCCAUAUUGUCACGGCAGGAGAUGAUGUGGGCAGAAAACCAGGGCUGUUUCAGCUUUUGUUCAGAUCACAUCCUGCUGCUGCGGUCAACCUGGGUGAGAAUGGGGAGGCUUUGUCACCAAGCGAAGACAUUCAUCCCACUUUCAAUUAAAAAGCUCUUAAACUCUGUUGUGGUCAAGAAACGCAGUUUGAACGAUGUCGUUCAAAUAUAAGAGGCAAUAAAUGUGAAACUAAAGAAAGACUUGAACCUUAGAUGUAGAUUUUUGUAUGGAUAUAUGGCGGUGUUUGGAGCUUGAUUCAUAUUCAGCUUUUUCAAAUGCUUCAAAGAGAGAGUCUUCAUGCGGCUGUCUUCAGAUAAUCCUUUUUGAAGAUAUUUUUAAUACUUCUCCUCUAGUCUGCACUUCAUGACUGAUUUCAUCUUAGGAAAUCACUGUUUUAUCUUUAUGAAUGCACUGUCUGGUUAUGUUGUUUAAUGUGAUAGAAAUGUGAGUAAAAACCCAGAGUUUAAUGCAUUUAGAUUUGUUCUUUAAUGCUUUCAGGACCAUGAAAUGUCACUGAAUGACUGCAGGCCAAACUGUUGUGCUGCAAAUUCUCCAUUUAGUUCUUUUGCAGUUUUUUUAGUAUCAUGGUUAAAUAUUCAUGUUACAUAUACUCGCCUUUCUUAUUAUUAGCUCGGACAUGCAAGUCGGUUUUGUGCGUGCAUGUGUGUCAGUCUGACAAAGGAUGUUAAUGUACUCCACAGCUCACGCAUUUGUGUAUCUGUUUAUGUGUGUGUGUGUGAGUGGAUGUAUAGUGUAUUAGCAGUCAGGCAUGAAGUGCUGGUUGUACUGUCUGAAUAGCUUAGCCCUCAGGCUCCCAUCAUGCUCUGUGGACCGGUCACGUCUUGACAUAUGUGUGCUGCUUAUAGGUCAGCGCAGAGAUACAGUAUGUGAGCGGCUGCUGGACCAAGCAGGAGGUAUUUCAAGUACAUUUAAUGGACAUAAAAUACAUGACCAAAUUAAUGAGUUUAUACUGUUAACAGAUAAUAAAAGUUAUUACUCUACAGACCUUACAGCUUACAGUCUUGGAUGUGACUAACAACAAGCAGUAGCAGUUUAAAGGUCAAUGCCGCGGCGGCCUUAUUUGGUUCAUGCCAUCCCUGCAGUACUCUCAUUAGAUCUGAGGUCAAAUGUGCUCUCUAUGAACACAGUUCUCCUUGCUGGAAAAGAAGUAAAAUAACAUAUUACUGUAGAAAUUUGAAGUUUUUAAUUGGUGAUUAUGCCAUACACACAUUUGAAUGUGUAGCCUGCAUGGCUUACAUGACACUAUGACUCGAUACAGUCGGGGAUCAGAGUGCAUGACUGGUCUUUUCAUGGUCAUGUCACCAGAAGAAGAAUUCAACAGAUUGACAUCUUCAUUUCCAGCCUUUUCAGAUGAAGCUCACAUGCUAACAUAAAAUAUAACAGACCAUUCCAGUUUUUUUCACGUGGCCAUGAUGACAUUUCAGGAUUUUACUCAGGGAUUUCAUGAACGUAACUCUCAGGUCACAAUAGUUUGUGUGAUUUAAAGGAAAUUGGGACUUAGACUCCACUUUAUCCAAAUCACAUAACUCACUAACUCUUUUUUAUUCAUAAAUCUUUUUGACUGACCAACCUCAGUGUCCAGGGGGAAAAUACAAGAUCGAACGACCGAGGACCUUUGAUUUCUGGUGAAAUUAGAUCUAAAAUAUGAUUCAGUCCUCAGUGUUGCUCUGCAGAACAAUUAAAACCACUCUUUCACAGAUUUAGAGGCAGAGUUUAUUGUUCAUCAUGGAGUUGACAUGACAGCGCAAAACAUUCCUGUUAAUUAACAGCAUAUUCACCUUCUCAAAAACUGAGUAAAUUACUGAGCUGAUUGCAUAUUAGGACCAUUUCAAAUUUUUAAUGAACAGACCCUGGUACCCAAUCCACGUCUUCCUGAAUCACUUAAUUAGAGCAAAUCUGUGAACCCUUGGAAAGUAUUAUGUUAAGAAUAAUGCAGGAGCAUGUGAGGAAUCCUAGUCAGAUCUUCCUUUUCCUAAAAUAUUCCACAAAAUACUUCAUUAGACCUAAAACCUAAAACAGUUAUUAAACAUUCAACCAAAAACAUCUUUUCCAACUUCAACUUCCUUUUGCAGUUUAUUUCAAAUGACCUGCAGGACCCGAACCACCUCCCUGUAACUGCAGUAUUUUACAAACAGUAAAUACUGAGUUUCACUUGAUGCCUUCAUUCAUUUGUUCAUUCUGCCUUUUGACAUAAUCCAGGCAUUAAUAUAUCAUAAGGAUUAUUAUCAGUGUUGAAACAGGGCUAACUGAGUUCAAAUAUGGUUAUAUUGUGGUUGAAGUUAUAAAAGUCCACUGAACUUGAAGUUUCUGUCGAGAAGCUGAAGGACAUAAAGACAAACAAAGACAUUUGAACUUCAGGGAGUGAAACACUGAUAUUCUGACACCUUCACUGUUGUGUGGACAUUACUAACAUAAAACGAAGGUUGACUGAGAAUAGAUGAUGUGAUAUCUGAAGUGUCAGCAGGUACCUCACCCCCCUCAGUCUAUGUGACAGAUCUGAUUAUGUAUAUGAAUGAAGCCUGUGUGGUCCUGAGCUGUCAGGUUAAAGUUGACUGACAAGGCAUCAGUGAUCUCAUCAGAGUACAUGCUGGGGUGUGUGAGCUUCUGUGUGUGUAUCUGUGUGAUUACAUGAAUUUGUGUGUGUGAAGUAAAAGGAUUUAGCCUUUAAAUCUUAACGGCCUCUGUGAUACAAGUAAAAAAAUUUUUCUAGAGAAGGAGACCUGCAGCAUUUCUCCAAGCAUUUGUGUUUGUGAUCUAUUUAAGGAUCAUGAAUGCAACAAAGGGUGGAACAGCAAAGAUUUUAUAGAAAGUAUUUAUAUAAAGUAUUACAGAAAUUAUUAUUAUAGAAAGUAUUAUAGAAAGUAUUUCAUAGAUUAUAGAUUAUAGAUCGGAUUUUCUGGUGUCUGUUGGUAGUGUAAUUCAAGUUUGGGUAGCGUCUGACACAAUCAGCAGUGAUAGUAUCCCACACACCAUCUGUAGUAAUCUAAUGUUUUUAUUGAUCAGAUAUUUUCAUCAAAUUGCAGCUAACAAUUCAGUCAACAUCAGGAAUCUCAAUUUGAGUGAAGUCUGCUUAAUCCUGUGUUGAGUAAACUGUCAGUUUUCAGAUUACCUAGUUUACUGAACCAGAGAUGAUUAAACUGUAUAUUUGGCAGACAUCUGGGAUCUGGAAGCUGGAUUUAGUCUUCCAUCUGAACACAUUGUUGCUUCUUUAGUUGCUAACUAGACUGGUAACUAUGAAGCAAAUCUUCAAAUGAAGUCUAUGCUAACUUAUUGCUAACUUCAGCUGCUUAUAAAUACAGAGAAGUUUUACAUCUUUCCGGAAGGCUUACGUGUGGCCUAUAUCUUCCCCAAGUGCAAGACUGAAUGAGGACUGAGUCAUAUCCUCUGAAAUGAAAUACCCCAAAAGUAAGCGAUGCUAUUUCUAAACAGUUUGUGAAACAAAAAGUUACCCAUGUUUUGAUCAGAUAUGGCUGGUUUUCAUGCCUAUGUUUACACUGAUUACUUACUUCACAGACAGUCAGUAAAAUCAAGCUCUUCAUCUUCAAAACUAACAAACUAAAAGACGCUAGAACCAUUUUCAGCAGUUUCUUUAAGGUGAACUUAUAUCCUCAGUGUUGUAGUUCUCCAAGAGCAGUCAUUUACUUAACUUGGACUCAAGUUUUUACUGCAUUAAGGCUGACUCAGAUUCAGUUAUCAAGACUGUUUCAUCAUUUUUGUUUGGUUUUGAUUGUAAGGCUUUAAUUGUUUAAUUAGUUUUAAUCACAUGUUUAUCUACAUGUUCACAUAAGUCCUUGUUUAGUAACAAUUCUUGCUAAAAUCAAGGUGGUGUGGAUCGUGAGUUUUGCUUUAAAGAUGUUACAGUAGUCAUACAUGUUCAACAUGAACCGUCAGGGAAAGAAAAAUGACAAUGUGCUUUUUAUCAGAUAUCAGUCCAGGAUUCACACAGUGAAUUGAGUAAGAUGCUAAUGCCUGUGUACUCAUACUGUUGAUGGCAUUACCGUUAGUGUUUUUGAGUUUAUUGCACACCUGCAGGGAUCCCGUCACAGAAGUAUGUCAGACUUCCCAUUCAAAGAGGAACUGAGCUUACAUGAGCACAUAGCACAGGAACUUCAUUGAGGAUUUUAAUCAACAGACACACAGAACCAGUCAGAAUAUUAUGUUUGUACAAGGUGUGUAAAUUCAAAAGGUAACAAACAGUAGAGACAGUUCCCAUCAUAAUGGGUAAUAAAGUUUAAGAAAAAAGACUCUACAAUGACUGUUUUUUUUCCAGACUAGGCUCCAACACUGUUUUGUGUUAAACCACAUCAUGAUCUGAGGUAGUCACAGUCAUACAACACAUUAUUAGUCAUUUUUCAAGUUUUCCAUAAUGUGAGUCCUCUUUCUCUGCAUACACUCCAGUAAGUACUUUCAAGGUCUGUAUGAUACUGCAAAGCUGGACAUUAAGUAUGUAGUCUAAACACACUGAACACAUUCAUUUAAGCAGCUGUAUGAGCCUGCACAAACACAUGUGUGUACUGAACAAACUGGAUGGACUGUAUGUUCUCAAGCUGUCUCUCUCACACAUACUCACACUCUCAAACACACACAUGCUGCUGCUGCUGCAUUAAUAAUGUUGACCUGACUCAAUCCAGUGAAUAAUGAAACAUGGUGCUGCUUUGAUGUGAUGGGAUGUUGAACCCACCCUUACUGACAUACACAUACACACAUUACUGCACUCAAACACACGCAUACACACACCCUCUUUUCACCCCCCUGUUGCUCAUCUUUUUUUUGUCCUUGAGCUGAUUUCUACUGGUGUGAUAUUUUCAGUUUUUAACUCUAGGAGUGCAUGAGCCCUCACAUGGCACAUAAGUAUACACACACAAACACACACACACACACUGUGAGGGGUCUGCCAACUCUUUCACUUUUGUCUUAAAUUGACAAAAUGGACAAAAUGACCGCUGGUGUCCUGUCUGUGUCAUAAUUACAGAGAUUAAUACAAAGCCGUAAUUACAAAGUUUUAAGCUGCAGCCUGUUUGAGCUGCUGUUAGACUAAUUUUUAUAAAAGACUGCAUAGAUUUAAGAGAAGAGGUCAAGUCUGGUGCAAAUAGAGAAGGGAGGGAGGGAAUAAAAGGCUGUCAAGAUUUCUGCAGAGAGAUUUCUGACCAGUCUUAUUUUUAACAUUGUUAACUUCCUCGCCUAGCUUGAGUGUUUCUGGCACUGGCGGUUGCAAAAGAAGAAGAAAAGCUUUUUGUUUUUUUUGUUAUUAUUUGGCAUACAAGUGUUAAUUUAAUGAUGUAAGAUACUAAUGUAUAGGACAACAUAGAGUGAUAGCCCAUCAGGAUAAGACAAGACUGCUUAACGUCAGGGUUCUUCACCACCCUGAAGGAGUUUUAACCUGCCUUAUCAGGGAGCUUUGUUAAACACUGGAUCCUUACUGAUCAAGAAUAGAAAUUUCACCUCUAUAUGUUGACAAUGUGGUAAUUUAAUUCAGUUCAGUUCAUUUCCAUUUGUCCCGCAUGUUUCAUAAAAAUGCAGACUUAAUGUGCUUUACAGUGGAAAAAACAAACAAACAAACCAAAUUACUCAUAAAAAACACAACAUCAGCAUCUCCUCCAGCAUCUAUAAAUAAAAUAGAGGUUGUGAUUUAAUAUAAUUAUCAAUUUAUUAGGACAGCACAAAACUUUUUAAAAAAAGACCAGGGAGGUUUAUUAAAACACUCAAGAAUCUGUGUGAAAGAGACAUCAACCAAAGGGAAGAAAACAGACACAAACAAGCAACCACAAGCUGCAUCAUGCUAUAAGCUUUGCCAGAGUCACAGGACUAAUUAAAAGAGAAGAAAAGACAAACCAACCAUCAAAUCUGAGGGACUGUUUUUGUUUUUCACCUUAUAUUUAUUCAUGAAAUCAUCUUUAAAUCAUUACUUAGUGUCAACUUAUUUGCAUCUUUGGUUGGAGCUGAUAACAUGCGGUAAACCAUACACUAGUUUCUAGUUUAUAGGAAACCUCUUGCAUAUUGUUGACCCUUCAGAAACCUGCUGGCUUCACAGGUAUCACUCUUGCACCCUUUAUUUUUUUGCACAACCAGCUUUGUUGAAACUCUAUAAGGAAAAAGAUCAUCACAGGAAUAGCCUUGCUAAUUUUUUCCUCACAAUGUUCAUUACAUUCCCCAGCACCUACCUAACUAAUCCAUAAAAACAAAUGCAUGAAAGAGAGAGAAAAGAGAACCAGAUAUCCUAAAAAUCCCUCAGAUUUAGGUUAGUGCUUCUAUAAACCCGUGAGAAACAUUGAGCUGAACAACUGGCAGGCUGACCUGGUUUCUCUCACCGUGUAUUUCCUGAUGUCCUACUUCCUACACCAACAUUGUUUAUCUCAACUGAACGCUUGAUUGAUAGCUGCUUCUCGGUUUAUCUUGACAGGCUGAUGGUCUGCUACAGUGAGGGACACUAAACAAGAGUGACUCCAUGUCUUUUAUCCUGUAUCUCUCCUGAAUCUGAAGAGAAAGAUGGUCGAAAGUCUUUUUUUUUUUGCACUAUCAGGCUGCAUAAAACUGACCCUGACUGUGGGUGCUUUUAAUCCAUUCAUACAAAAGGGAAUUUACUAUUAAUUUGCAUUUUUUAUACCAUCUCUUUUUACGAUUUGGUUGCUCUUUAAAGAACUCAACAGCAACACUGUCCUUGUUAGAUGGAAAUGUGUAAAUCAAAAUAUCACUCCCAGUCAUCCAUGUGGCGUCGAGUCCUUUGUUUCUGGGUUGUUAGUAAGAUUGUGGCACACUAGUGGAUUAUUAAUACAGGAAUCUAGAGCAAAUAGCUCUAUUAUUAUGCUAAUAAUAGUUUAUUAGGUCCCAGAGGUAAAGCCAUUUCAAAGUAAAAUCACUGUCUUCCUACCACAGCUCCUUCAUUGCUGACAGCUCCAGCGGCGUCUUGCCCACACAAAGACACGCAGCUUUUUUGGACUGUAUAUUUUUUUGUGUGUUUUGUGGUUUUCAGAGUGGAAUUUUCCAGUUGUUUGCUCUGACAGGAUUUUUCUUUGUUUCCUGAAAUAGCUUUUCAUUGAAUUCUUCCACGAUUGAGGCUGUGUAGCUGUGUGAUAAUCAUGUCAGCCGAUGACAGUGCUAAUCCAGUCCCCCUUCUGGAGCUCUGAGCCAGAACUGUACGCUGCUUUGUACUCCGGCGCUGUGUUAUCGGGAGAGCGAAACUCACCUGGUGCAGACAAUCUGGAUGAUGGUCGCCUGUGAGGAGCGCUGCUGUGAAAACUGAAGUGACAGGCGAGGUUAGAGGCGGACAGAAAUACACAAACAGCCAUGAAAACAAACCCAGCAUAAAAGAAACGCCUCAGAAAUGACAGAUAUGGUGCGUGUCAAUGAGACAGAUGGGGAGUCGGUCUGAGUAUAAACAAAGCAAUGACAAUUUUCAUCCUGUUUCAGUAAACCCAAUAAACACAGAUUGUGCCGCUAUGUUUAUAUAUUUAUCCCUGUUGUGCACAUUGAGGUCACGUCCUGGCAAUCAUCCUGUUUCCACAUCUCUCUUUAACAGCUUAAUAAUCUGAUCAAUAAUUCAUCGCUGCCCUUUAAUGUCUCCAUUUAAGUCGAUAUUCUCCCACCAUGCCUGUUGCUCAUUUUGUACUCGACAAAACGCACCAAUUGCUGUAAUGUUUUCACCCCUCACCUGUGGAAUUAAUCAGUCUAUCGACCCUUAACUGGAUGUCCUCCAUGUUUUAUUGUUGGUGUGAUUGUAGUUUGUGUAAAUGACAAAGUUUUACACAUCACAACCUCUUAUCCAGCCCUAAUCUUCCUAUUGGAAAUCACCUCCUGCGAGCCAAAUUAUUUGACCUUAAGAAGCGCUCAGCUGUAAAGUAAAUAAUGUUUGUGGUUUGUCCGUAGACUAGAGCACAUUUGCCACAGGAAAGUUUAACAAAUUAUGACUAAUAUCUGAAUAAUAUCUUUGUCUAUCAUUUUCCGCCACGUAAACUGUAAACUUUUAAAGAGAGGAGAUUAAAGUGAAACAAAGAAAGCAGGAGAAAGGAGACAGAGUCAGAGGAGAGAGUGUGUGAGCGAUAGGAGGGAAAACAGAGGAGAGUAAAUCCUCUUUCCCCGCUGACUUUAAUCUCUCUGCAGGCUGAGCUCUGCGGUUCAGGCCUUACAGCAGCCGUCGGACGAGACGAUUGACAGCCAGCGGGGCAGCAGGUGGGGGAUGGGGACGGACGGACGGACGGAUGGACCUUGUGUUAUGUCAGCUCCCCUGUAGUCUGUCCAUGAAACAUGUUAAGCAUAGUAAAGAGGAAGUGACUUUCAUGGAUGGUCAGAGGAGGAGGAGGAGGAAGGAAAACGCUGAUGGACGAGCAGAGGAAGUAGUUUAAGAGAGUUGAUAAAUAUUUGAUUGGAAAAGAGCUGAUUGAUCUUAGGCUGAAGAUAGAAAGUCAGACAUUGUGAUUGGCUCCCAUCAAAAGUGGAUGUUUUUUGAGUAACAGAGAUAGAGAUGUGUGUCUUUACUCCAAGGCCCAGCUGAAUCAUAGGUUCAAUGGUUAGUCAGCAUAUCAACAAACAUUAAUAACACAAUGAAGCAGACAUGACAUUACUAGUUGGAUCUCUGAGUAAGCUCUCUCUCAACCUUUCUGAGGGUUGGCAACCUGGAAGGGAAAGGUAAAUGACUCACAGAAAAAUGGUGGCAGCUGAUGCAACAACACAGCAUCCUAAAACUGCUCAAGUCCAAGAAGCAAAUCACCCUCAAAGAAAAGGAAAACUCCCACACACUUCCUAACUUAAAAACAACAUUUAUCAGGAGAGACUGGAGGGUGGAAAGAGUGGGAACUUGGAAAAGUAAGUGGGAUUGCAUGUGGUGAAAGGCUCGAGUAUGUAGAGGUACAGUGUGCAGUAUUGGAUACCAUUUGACUGAACAAAGAAUGGAAUAUGAUAUAGGAGAUGUAGCGUGGUAUGGUGAUUAGUGAUGUUGCCUCACUGCAAAAAAGGUUCCUGAUUUGAAUCCUUGGAUGGACAGGGGAUCUUCACUGCUGAGUUUGUAUGUCCUCCCUGUAGAUACAUGGGUUCUCCAUAGGUUCAGCCUCCAACCCCCCUGAAAAGAUUGAGACUUAAAGAUGAUAGAAGUAUGUUUGAGUUAGUGCUUUAUUACCAGAAUAUAAAAAUGGUUUUGUUUUUAUUGACUUAAAAGGAGACUUGUAGGAGCAGGUCCUGCAGAGGCCACCAUCUUGUACUGCCAUGUUUCUACAGUAGCACAGAGCGGAUAAGCCUGUCCGUGUAUUUAGUGAAUGACUGUGUGAAAUGCGCCAAUGUGAAGAUGAAAGUGGUUGUUUUGUGCGACAAGGAUUUGCAUUGAUACACAAAAGGAGGAUCAUACUUUCUGCGCAACACAGGAGCUUUUUGUCCUUGAGGGCCACCAGAAAGGGAACACUUAAACCUAGACUCUGACUACUAGAUACCACAAAGUAUUCCCAUUUCUAUGUACUGUACCUUAAACUCUUCUUUGGGAUAACUUCUUGGUUUAUCAGCUGAGGGUGUUUUUAAAGUGGGGACAGAAAUGUACAGAGUGGAUAAAGGAGUAAAGAUACAGAAAUACUCCAUAGUACUGAUCAUUUUGGGUGGAUGUUGUAAGGUCAUAUGUGAGCAUUACUCAAUCAGGGUCAUGUGGUUGGAGCAUGUUACUUAAAAUAUAACAAAAUUCAAAGUCAGCAGCAUCCCAAAGACCAAAGACAGAAAAUACUUAAAAAGUGUCUUACUCAUGUGUCUUUUGCCAGAAUCAAGGCAAUUUAAACUAACCUGCUAUCAACACUUGAAUGUUUUAAAGGAUAAUCUGCACCCUGCUGUGUGUUUACAGAUGCUUUGAUGUAGUGGCCUGUCCACCCGCUGAGCCGAGCUCCUCAGCAUAAACGCAGAGUGAAUUUUAAAUCUUUAAUUAAAACCAGAUAUCUGUAUCUUUUUCAUGGCUUUAACAGCUUGUAUCCCUCAGGCCAUACCAAUGAUUUACCAUGAUAACAGAAAAGAAAAAAAAGAAGCUGCAGAUCAGCCGUCAGCAUGAUGGAGUGAGAAAAGCACGGCGCAAAAAGAUGAAUUUAAGGUUGUUUCUGUUCUUGAAACUUCAUAUCCACUUUCCUAAAAUGGGGCAGAGAGAUAUAAGACUUGAUUGAAAGAACAUAUUCUCUCUGUGUUAAGACAGGGUGGGCAAACUGUCAUCAUCAAAAUUUCACUCACUUCGUAUCCCAGGAGCUCUUGUGAGGUCUGAUGAUUUUAUCAGACAGAUUUUAAACUCUUUCUUGCAUGCCUAAAAUAUGAUGCUUUUUAGUUCAUUAGUGUUUUUUCCUCCUAAUUUCAUUUCUCAUACUUAACAGUCACGUGUCUUCUGUUUGCAUGUGUGCUGAUGCACGUUUGAGCUGAAGUUUCCCCUGCUGUUUCACUCGUUGUAAGGAGCUCUGGAUUACAGCACCAGCCGAAUGGCGAAAAUGUAAAAUGUCACCAUAAAUAUUUUACUUUGUAGCGGGCGCAGCAGACAAACACACACUCGCAGACGCACAUGGAGAGUGAGGCCAUAAAAAAAUGAGAGAAGCACUUUGAAAAGGCGGAGUUUUUUUUUUUUUUUUUUCCCUACCCUCCAUCUCUUUUCCCGGCACAUGUUCAAUUAUUAACCGCCCUGACGACUCCGCCGGGAUGGAGGCAGAGACAGACAGACAGCAGGCGGUGCAGAGAGAGGAGAUAGUUUAUCAAAGAUCCAGCUGUGACUCUAACUAACCUCAGGUCUAUAUCCAAUUCAGAGACCUUCAAACAGGGACUGAUCAAUGUAAAAACUCAGGAGAUAACUCUUUUACGGCUCCUAAAUCUGGUACAUUAACAAAAUCUCCUCAUGCGUACGCAGUUUAGUGGAGUUUCGCAGUGUUAGAGGAAGUCAUAAUGAUUAUCUGACUGAAACAUGAGAAUAACCCAAUAUUUACCCCAGCUACAUCACAGGGAUUCAAAGAAAGCUGCAUAAAACCAUACUUAGGAGGUUGAAACAUGUCUUACUAUUUAUGUUUUUUCAUUUUUUUUCACUGUGGCAGAGUUACAACAUCAUCUCAUGCAGCAUCAGCGCCUGAUCCAGUCAAAAAACUCAGCGCUCUGCCUCAGUCCCAUGCUUGCUCUGUAUAUUUCAGCAGAUUAGAUUACAUAAAGCUUUAAUGAUCCCUGAGCUGAAAGCUGCCGGAUGGUUAAAUUUAUAUCAGCAACAAGCCAAAUUAGAACAAAAACACUUUGAAAUAAUUUGGGCGACAGAAACAAAAACUUUUGAAAAACACAAAUUAAAUCAGAUUGGAGCAGAUCGGAUUAUUUGCCUCAUUAAAGGAUUUCUGCUGCUUCACCUCGAACAGAAGCAGCAGCAGCAGCAGCAGCAUGUAGCUCUGUCAGCCUGCAGAGUAACAGCCACAUACAUAUUUCAUAAACCAUACCUCCGCUCUGUGUGUGUGUAUCUGUGUGUGUGUGUGUGUGGCUGCAUGAAGAACUGUCUGGUAGCGCGUCAGAGGAACAAAAAUAGACCCUGUAUCUGUCCUGAUACUCUUUCUUCAAACUGUUGGAGUGAUGGAGCUCCUCCUCAGUCGUUCAUUUUGAUUCACUGUUGAUCCCUGAGGAGGAAAUUCAGGGUCAGGAGGGUCAGAGGCUUGAUCAGAGACUGUACGUAGCAGCGAUGUGUCUUCUCUGGGUGGUGUGUUUGCCUGUCUGCAUGCACGCUGUCUGUUGCGUGUGUGGCUCCAGCUGUAAACAGAAGCGAAAAUCUAUUUACCCCCUGUGUUUUACACAGUAAAUUAUGCAUCACUUGUGCUUAUGAAAUAAAAAUUUUGCACUUCACGUAAGCUUAGUCAACAGCUGGUGCCCUUUUAUAAUCUGGAAAUCUGCUAACAUUGUUUCAUCUCUUCUGCUGAUGGUCUUUUCAUUUUUUCUGUGCGGUUGACAGUGACUGUGCAUGCUUCACACAGGCUUUCAUUACGAUGGCUAAUGAGGUCAAAAAUCCUGCUACAGUCCAGUAGAUUUUUCAUCGGGGGAAAUGGGCUGCAACUUUUGAAAUUAAUUUAAAACAUUUACAAACUGCAAAACAAACAAACCAACAGAUGUGCUUUAUUCUGCAAAUAUAUGAAAGAUGCAGUGUCACAAUCAUGACAACAUUGAAAACAGACCUAUGGGAUCUAAAUCAAGUUUGCACAUAGACGCUUGCGGCCCUUUAGGGGGAGCUAAGUGCAAUUAGAUUUUGGAGGAGCAUGUUUUAUACAGAAAAAUGAUACUUUAGGAGACAAAGUCAGCUGAAGGGACAUGGACAAGGCCGUGUGUGUAAAUAUAGGCCAGUGAAGGUUAGUCUGCAUCAGGUACGUUUCUUUGCAGGUUUGGCUCCUGACACUUCUACAAACAAAACAGUUUCUUGUGGUCUCAUAUUGUUAUUUUAUUAUGCUAAAGAGCCGUGCUCCUGAUUAUUUUACAGCUCAAGAGUCUGAACUGACCAUCAUUGGUGUAUUUUACUCAUAUCCACAGGAUGAUAGAGAAGAGAGGAGAUGGCAGAAGUUGAUAAUUUGAGUUGAAUUAAAAGAUUUAUUUAUUUUCAUUUUUAUUUUUAAAUGCUAGUUGCGGCCAUGAUUGACAAUGGAAAAAGAACAAUAAGCUAGACUUUUUGAAACUGUAUAACAAAUAGCUUGGGGAUGAACAAUAUUAUUGGCAUUAACACCUGUAUUAACAGAUAUGAAACUUUCUGCCACCAUCAUGAUAAAGUAUAGUAACAGCUCACACAUGUCAACAUGUAUGACCGAAAUAUUUCCAUACACAACUGUAUGGAGAUACUCUGAAGUGAACUGUCUUUAUUUGUAAGGACUUCAUUUAUUAUUUGAAGUACAAUCAAAUGUUUGUAUUUUUAUGGCUGUUUCUAAAUCAGAUGGACUGUCCAGGAACAGUAAUCAGUGAAUUCUACUACAGGAGAAACUUGGUGCUCUUUACUAUGAAAAAAGUACAAAUCAGUAUCAGCCAAAAUGGACUGAAAAUAUUGGCCAAAUGCAAUAUUGUGCACCUCUAAAAUAUCUGCAGUCAGAUACACAGUGAAGGUGUGAAUGAUCACAGAUCACAUAGUCUAUUCCCAGUUCUUCUACCUCUGCUGAUGGCUGAUGAUAUUCAUUGCAUACAAGUUUCUGAAAAUAUGAAAAAUGUAAGUACAAGGGAAAAAACAAAGCAAAUAAGUCUACAUACAGGCAGCUCUAGUCUGAACUUGUUAGUGAAUGGUUGUAGUUAGCCUGUGGACAUUUCUUGCCAAAUAUCUUGUGCUUGUUAAAUUCAGAACAGUGUUAAAUGACAGAUAAAGCAGAUGGCAUGUUGCUUUUCUCCAUGCUUGCACCAUGGGUUUUAUCAUGUUUUGGGGCUUUUUACUUACUCGUGAAAUAAUACAAAAAGCAGGGGAAACCAGAUGUUUGAGAGUUUAAACAUGCAGUACACGUCACAAAUAAUGUUACACUCACUAACUGGAGACUUUGCCCUCUUCCCCCCCAGACCUCCAGACAACUACUUCCUAUAACCCAAAAUGCCUCUCACCAUCAGCAGGGCCCAGGUUGGAGCAGCUGUCUGUAAAUCUCAUGGCAACCAUUUGUCAAUAUUAAACCUUGUUGGCAGACUCUGCCAUCUUUCCCCUCCUCUUAGUUCAUGCUGACCAGCUUUGACCUCCCAACAAUUUGAAGCUUUUGUUCUAGUUCGGGAUGUAAACUCCAUCAAAUCCUGCUGCUCAGAGCCCGGCAUCAGCCAGAGCUGGAUAUUAUACCACUGUUUGCAAGGAUAAUGGAGAUCAACAGCUAACAGCAGCUGAUGGCAGCCGUGUUUACUUUAGUCAAGCUAUCUGGAAAAUGGAAACGAGAAUGAACAAAAUAUUUGUGCAUCAGCUGUGAAUUUUUUCAAACCAAAAAUGAAGGUCAUGUUUUUGCACUGUAGUUAGAUGUUGUAUGUUUCAUAUUAUAAGUUUCAGCGAGUUUAUCCUUGUAAAGAUCUCUUUCAGCAUUUUUCACACUUUGGCCCAAGUAACUUUUCAGGAACUUUUGUAUGAACUCAGGGACUUUUAUUCACUUUGAGCUUUUAUUUUUACCUCCCCCACACUUGAUCCAGCAAGCAUGAAAUCAUGCUUUACAUGUGUCUUCUUCAGCUCUCAGAGGUGGGUGUUAGUCAUGAGCAGCGUGGUCUUCACUCUUUUGAAGGACCACUUGGCAAUGCAACAGAGUAAUUUAACCUCUGACCUUGCUGUUAUAGAGCCAUUUCUACAACCUUGACAUGAACAUAAUGAGGACAAACUGAACUUUACAGAACCUCAGCAGCUCUUUACUCAGGCUUAUACCUGCAUGGGCCAAACUUUGGUGUAUCCUUUGUUAUAAUCAAACAGGACUUUACUUUAAGGUUGAAACAUAACAGUGCAUUUCAUUCUGGUUCCUAAAGCAGCAGACCGCCCAUUGAAACCAUAAUGUAAAUGCUGUAUACCUGCUGAUACCACUAAAGCCUUUGAAUUUGUUUUUCUAACAAGAAGCAUCUUGAUCACGCGGCUUUAUCUAGGUUGUUGAUGCGCAAAGCAAACAAGCGAACUACUGUAUAAACAUCACCAUAGGUUUAUUGUAGUAUUGUUGUCAUAGUAACCCUUCUUCCCCUGUCUCUUUUUCUCUUCCAGUCUUUCUUGCUUGAGGUAAAAGUUCAACUCUCAUCAUGGCCGAUGAAUCAGACAUGCGCAAUGAGCUGGCCGACCUGCAGACACGUGCCGACCAGAUCGCUGAUGAGGUACGGUAAAGGAAACGCUGGAUCAACACAUUUAUGUUUCAUGUACACACAAAUGUUGAUUGUUGUUUAUAAAAGACAAAAACAGGUAAUACGUGGCAUUAAUUUUGUCCAGCCACUGUGAUGUACAGUACAGGUUAGUCUGCAAAGACUGUGGAUGGUUCAGUAAUUGGGGUAAAUCCAGCCAACCAUCCAACUGUGCAUUCAUAGAAAAAUAUAUCAGGGAAUACAUUUUAUGCAUUUAUUGUUUAUAUAUUAAAUCAAGAGAGCAGUUUGUAAUCCAGAUGGCAGGUUAAAAACAUACAUGUUUUCAUAACGUUACAGUUUGAAACAUGAAACGCCAUUUUUUAGAAUUGACUCGACAAAAAAACAGCCAAACUUUGCCGCCAAGUAUCAGCAGAAAUCAUCGAAAAAUGUGAAGAAUUGUUCGGGCUUUCCUGCUAAACUGAGUCUACAGUCAAAAUACAGUCAUUGCUCAAUGACACGACAAUAGUGACCUGUUCUCAUAAAGGGGAAAAUAGAUCUCCAAAAGCUUCCAGACUGACAGGCAAAGCUGCGUUGACAUGACCCGAGCUUGUUUUAGUAACUUCUCCUCUAAGUCUCUUUCAUCAGGACUGCACUUUUUUAAGAAAAAGGAGAACUUUGCCCUCUUUAAUGAGUGGAGAGGAGCUCAAGAAGAGCAGAUAAUUCUGUGCUGCAGAAUAAUGGAGCAGCUCAAAUGGCCUCAUUAAACAUUCAUGAGCGGAUAAUGCAGGGCCGAGAGGCUCCACGGAUGUGAUGAGAGGGAGAAAUCAGGAGAGCGCAGAGGAAUGGAUGGAUGGAUGGAGCAAGGGUGGGGGUAGAGGAGGCGGCACAGGAGAUGUGGAGAUAAGAAAGGGGAGAGGGUGAGAUGAGGAUUUUGAAUUAAAAAAGUGUUUGGUUAAAGAAACGCUAGAGAGUCUCAGAGGAGUCCUGCUGAGGAUAGAAAGUUAGCAAUCAAGAGGGACAGUUAGAUAAUUAAUCCUGGGAUCAGAGGAGAGAAGAGGAAUAAUGAAGGCUGAUUAUGACUACCAAUCAUUUGUCUGCUUAUUAAAGUAAAGUGCAUCAGCACACUUUUUAAUAUUGAUGUGUUUUUUUUAUUAAACAGCAAAUGUAGAUAAUUUAACACAUGAAUGCUGUACAUUGUUUUCUCCUUCAUUUCGGAUUCUCAGCUAAUCACACUCUCUCUCUCUCGUUCUUUCUCUACAGUCUUUGGAGAGUACUCGGCGUAUGCUGGCUCUGGUCGAGGAGGUGAGUCUAAUCACGACACACAUGACACAAGAUAAGACCCAGCAGGGAGGGAGAAAGCGUGUUUGUGUUUUAAUUCAAAUAGCCAUUUGUCCACAUGUUCAGUUUUUAAAUUAGUGUUGUGGCAUUUAUCAUCAUCACCAGUCCCCAGCUUAAAAAUAAAAAUGGAACUCAAGUUGGCUCCCAAUGCACCCAAUGUCAGUCUGUAAAUGCCAAACAGUUGAUUGUGGGUCAGGCAGACAAAACCUGUGUGUUACAGACAGUAGUCAUAUUUACAUGUGAAAAAUUUCUUGAUCCGAUUAAAAAUUUGAAGGAUCGGAUAAUCUGAAUCCACUGUUUAUAUGGGUGCAAAAUCAUAUAAUCCGAUCAUGACGUGGGUAUACAUGCACCAAGCUUUAUUCAGAUUAGAAGCAUUUGGACAUGCGCAUAGUUGUCUGACUUCACGAAAAUAACCACAGAAGAAGAGUUGUAUUUACGCCUGUGCUGUCAUCAAAUCAACAAACACGGUUGUGGCUCACUUCAUCCAAUUCAGGAGUUUCCCCCCUGUUAAAUCUUGUCACUAGAUGGCGCCCUUGCUCACUUAUUUAACUGUUCUGUCAAAGGUUGCUCUGUGCAUGAAGAUGUGACAUCAUUACGCUGUAUAUACGCCUUGUUAUGUUAUUGAAGAAGCAGGCAUGGCAUUUACGGUUGUGUUUUAUGCCAGAGUGUUAAUAAUGAAACCUCCUGAACUGGAUAAUAAAGGCUGUGCCCAGUGUCUUUUUAGUCCUGACAACAAAAGGGCAUUUUUAUGAAAUAUUUCUGGAUAGCUGACUGGAUGGGUUUGUGCCAGACAUUUUGGAGAAGAAAAAUCUUCCAGUCGUUCACUUGACAAAUUAAUAAAGUAUUGGGGUAACUCUGCAGAAUCACGAUGGAGAGUCUGUGUGCUGUUUUAUCAACAAGAGCCACACCUCAUGUUUCAUGGCAGAGCUAAGGAUUCAGGGACUGGAAUUGUAUACAUUUGCAAAAAACAUGAAGCAUUUAGAGUUAACUUUCUUAUUUUUGAGCUGAAUUCCUCUCUUUUCUGGCAUAAACCUGUUUUGGACCUCUGGCUCCAGCUUUUCGCAUCAGAUACACGUCCCAGCUCAAACCCGUGAGACCAUCCACUGUGUCCUAAUGAGACAGAGCCAAGAGAGACACAGUGAGACCUGCAGCUGACCUGAACACUGACCUGCUCCAUGAACAAGCCUUUCAUAAUAUCUGACAUUUGAAGAUAAUGCCAUGGGAAUGCCAUUUGUUCGAUUCAGCUGUUAGUCUGGCGUUUGGAAAAUGUCCUGUAGUUUGUUAGCACACAGUGUGUUUCCCUGAUGGUAUAGAUCCCAAGCUGAAACGACUUUAGACAAACAGUCCAUGUGUCAUGUUUUGGCUCCUUUCCUUCUCUCUUACUGACAACAUGCUCUUUAUCCCUCCCACUUAGGAUCUCCCAGGAGAAACAGACUCAAUAUAGACCAUAGCAAUAAAGCAGCAUGGAUUAUAGAUGAGGCUCAACAUGCCUCUUUGUAUAACACAGAAGAGGUUACAUAACCCUCGCUAUGUUUAUAUGAAUAUAUGGACUGAAUAUUCCUUUACAAAUAAUCUGUUAAGUCAUUAGAUGGAGGCCAAAACUAAUCUUUGAGUUUGAUUGGUCGGGUUUUGGUGAUCUUAAUGUUACAGGAAGUGAAACUUUGUGAAAAAUGACAACAAAAAGAGAUUCACUUUCUAUCAAAGCACAGAAAUAAAUCAGGUUAUUUUACAUCAGUUUGUUUUAUGGUAGGAAAAUAAAAAGAGACAAAACAGUCAGGAAAGGUCAAAAGUUAAAAAAAUAUGAAAGCAAAAUCUACCAAAUGCAAAGCAAAACAUUAAUUAAGUGCUCCAUGUUGUCUUUUUCAUCAUUUCACCAUCAGUGGAAGAGUUCAGUCUUUUAAUCUGGGUAAUAUUAAUCAGGUUUAUUUAAAGAGGGCUAUGACUACGAUUAUGGACUCAGCACAUACUGUAAAACUAUUCUAUCAUGGAUGGCUUUGGCUCAGUGGCAGAGUCGGUCAUCUCUCAAUCUUUAGGUCUGGGGGGGUUCAAUCCCAGGUCCUGCUGCUCACGUGCCAAAGAGUACUUGAGACACUUGAUCCCAAACGGCUGUGUGAAUGGGAUUAUUUGAAACUGAUGGGUGCUUUACACUGUAGCCCCUGUAAUCGGUGUGAGAAUUGGAGAAUGUGACAGUGUUGAGAGUGGGCAAGAAAACCAGAGAAAGCUUUGUAUGAACACCACAUUUACCAUUUUACACAGUCCUUAUCUGAAUCAGUGUUUGGUGCAGAUUUGUUGAUCUUCAGUAUAAAGUAAGUGGCCACGUAAGAGCAGUAAAAUGGGGUGUACAGUUUACCAGUUUGUUACAGGAAAGAGAUUCCAUCCCGUCCAGUCUAGCCUGCUCACUGUCAUAAUCCCUCUCAAAGAGGAUAUGCAUUUUUAACUCCACUUAAUUGGCUGUCAAACCAUACGAAAAAAAAAAAAAUUCAAAGUAAGCCUGUAUUAUCAUGGUUUUGCAUGUCUCUAGGUGAUAAAAGUGAGUCUGUUUCUGACCAUAAAGGACAACUGUCUAUCUGUCUGACUCUCUUCUCAACUGUAAGCACGUGCUAACCCUUCUCGACCUCUUUUUUACAAGGGCUUACAGUGUACUUAGACUAAUUGAAUAAGUGGAGAGCAGAGCGCACACCCACCCUGCUGUGAUCAAUCUGAGAUCUGCGAACUGAUACCUGUCUGUUUAGGACUGUCCAGAUUGCAUCCUCAAACUAUGACUGAUAACACUCCCUUAAAAUGGGCCUGUGCUCUGAGGUUUGAGAGUGCACAUAGUGAUGGAAAAAAAAACAUUAGAGGAAGGUCAUGGCAUUUUUGGUGCACACACUGCAUUGUUGUUGUGUGUGUCACUUUUACAUCAAAAGUCUGACAGAUUAACAUCCCUUUACUGCUCCCAGACUAAGUUUAAAAUGAAUAUACAUAUUCCAUAGUCUGUUAGCUGCCAUCAAAACACAUUUACGUUGUUUAGCUAACUCCUAAUUAAUAUUUUACACACAACAUAUAAAUGUAUAAGACUGAUGUAGAACUCAGUGUGUAAACAAAUACAAGCUUAAAUAACAAUAAUAAAAAAUGUCAUCGAACAUUUGUUAAAUCUCACAUCUGAACUUUCAACAUUAUUUUGUAGGGUUGCUGAUGGGUAGAUUUGUUAGUGUUAGCGACACAGGCUGUUCACAUCUGCUUCCACUUAUUGUGUGAACCAAAAGCUUUUUAACAGACCAAUUUAUGCUCCUCAUAAACUCUUGAAAGAUUACUAUCAUUUUAGCAAAAGUUCAUUUGAGUCUAAAAUUGAUGAUCUAAAAUGUUAGUCAUUGUUAGUCAAGUCAUUAUUGAGUUUUGAAAUUGGCUCUUUGGUGAGAUCUCAAAUUCACAACAUUUGAACAACACUUAUUUACUAGAGUGUCUUUUUGCCUCUAUUGGGAGUUGUUCAAGCUUGUUUCAUAAUCUUGUCUAUAAAGCUUCAUUUUGAUAGAGUUGUUUUAUGUUGAUUGGGAGUUUACAUGCACACACAAAAAGAUAUAUAUAUAAAGCAAAACCGUUGUAAAGUUAUCCCAUCUUCUAAAGUAUCAGCCAUGGCGACGUGGUAUGAUGAAGUCCUUCACUGAAAUUGAAUAGACUCUGCAGUACGACACCUCUAGUACCUUUAUUCUGAAGGCUUUCACAGAGACAGAUCCAGUGAUACUGACGCUCUUAUGAAAAGUGUUAUCUUCUCACCACACUGGCAGUGGACAGAAAUGAGAAACUGGGAGGCAGCUCAGAGUAACACCAGAUUGAAGAAGCUGAGGGAGAGAUAGGAAUGAAGAAGUAUUCAAGGCAGAGAUGAACAGGAAAGAGAUGAGGAGAGGUAGGACAUGAUAUUCAGAUCUACUCCUCUGUGUGUGUGUGCAGCAGAGAAACAGGAUGUGAUUGAAGAGCAGCAUCAGUCCUGGUGUCGAAGAAUAGAUUACACAAGAUGGAUGUUAGAGUAGAGGCAUGCAGGCAGCGAUACAACUGAAAACAAGUGUGAUGUUGCCUAGGUGAGAAAAAUAAAAACCUCAGUGAGUUAUUUAAGUCCUGCAACUAACGUUUUUUUAAGGCAAUCAAAUUAUCAGGUACCUUAGAACAACUAAAACUAUUUUUGGAGGCCUGAUACUGUUCCAAAAUUUCCAACCAAAGGCUAAAAUUUUAAGAAAAACAUGAUGAAAUUGUGUUUAUUAGUUACAUUUGUCUAAGUUUAUAUGUUUUUUGUUUUGUUUUUAUUUUUAAGUUCCCAUACACAUUGCAAUGGUAUCAUUAUCAGGAUGUUUUAUGGCCAUGACUAUCAUGGCAUUAAAAUCUGAUAUGACAGCCUCAACAGCAACAAUCUGUUAGAUACUAGUAUAUUUGCAGUCAAAGUAGACAUGACUGAGGAAGACAGGAAGGCUGAAUAAAUGUUAUUUGUUAGUGUGCACAGAUUUUCUCGAUGGCAUCCUUGCAUGUUCCAGAGCCUAAAUUCACUCUGCCAUAUAAACUACUGUCACCUUCAAUCAGACAUCUAAAGAUAGGUUUCAUAUGUAAGAUUAAGGUGUCUACCUGCAUUAGAUUUGAGCUCAUCGGACAAACAUGAGGUUGAUCUAUAGAGGAGCGGCGGGCAGACGUUCAGUCUUUGUCUCCGCAAUGACUGAAUUAGAAUAGAUUCCAGGAGACACUAGAGUGGAUGUCUCAAUGAAAAAUCAAUGCCAGGCUCCCUACGAAUCAGUCUUAUUGUCAACACACCUUUAGCAAUCCUUUUUUGUCCCUGUUUCUUUUCUUUCCCUCUGUUUUCUUAUUACCAACAGCUCUUGGGAUUUUUAUUAGUCAUACCUGUGUAGCCUUUUGUAUGCAAGACCAGAGGAAUAAAUGUCAUCGAGCCAAAUUAUCAUAACCAUCUUUAUUCGACAGAUUGUCUCCAAAAUAUACAGCCACCAGCUUUUGUCUUUUAAUUACGCCUUUAGGACUAAAUUUAAGCAGCAAAAACAAUUACUUCCGUAGUCGGCUGAAUAGGCUCGAAAUUACUCUUUUAUAAAGCAUCGCAAUACGGCAGCACUGCUUCUAAAAAUAGAGAAGGAGAAGAAGAAAAGAAGGAGGAGAGUUUAAAAUAUUCAUCUCUAUUAAUCUCUUGAUGAGUUGUCAUCACCUUCAUGUUCAUAUCCUGGGCAGAAAUGUAUUUUUGGAGGACCCCUGAAACAUCUCAAGGUCUCAGACACACUUUGAAUCGGUUUAUUAGAUAAAUCUGGGAAAACAACCUGAUAGUCACCCAGUUUGUGUGUGUGCAUGUGCGUGCAUGUGUGUGUGUGUUUGACCAGCCAUACAGAGAGGUGUGAGGUCAUUACAUCAGACCGUGCCAGUUUGGCGUGGUCAGAUAUCCUGUCCUGUGGUUCAGGAGUCAUGUCUGCACUCUCAUAUAUUUGAUUUUUUUCAUCCUUCCCUGUGAGGUAAACAAGCACUUAUAGGAAUCAUCUCAGCUGGAGGACAGGUUUUUGCAGCAGGUCUGCAAGAUAUGAAAAAAAAAAGAAAAGAAAGUCACAUGAGAUCAUGUUAGAGGUAAUGUUCAGGUCACAGUGGUUACAGUGGAUUGGUAGCCUGACUGGGUGAGGCAAACUAAAACAAUAUUUGGAUGCACCUCCAUGUCAACUCUAUAAUCCUAUCAGAUAUCUUGAGGGUGUGGGCUUCAUCUGACUGUAUCACAGCAAUGUAUUGUCAUGGUUAUUAUACCCAGGGCAGGCCUCCACAUAUGCUCACUGAGGAAGCACUGCUUGUGCAUAUUUAAUAUUUUAUGAUGAAAAUGUUAUGAAAAAAGAAUAAAUAAUAUAUUUUUCUUUGACACAGAGAUAUAUUUAGAUCUUUCUGAUGGGCUUACUGGGAACGCUUUAAUUGCAAUACUGAUAUGAUUUCGAUUCAUUAAGCUGCCUCAGUUUGCACACUCUAGCUUUGAUUAAACAUCUUCAAUGAGGAUCAUUUCAGUCUAAUUAAUUUUUCUCUCUUUCUAGUUUGAUACAUGUCCAGAAAAACUUUCCAAGCACUUGCAGAUAAACAACAAUUUAUCUCCUCACUAAUUCAGAUCCAUGACCACAGGCUGAUCUCUGUGGCAGUCAGUCCGACUGACUCUGAUAUCAGUAGCAUGUCAAACUGGCCUCCAGCGCUGCUUGCAAUCUAUCACCUCUUCAAGAAGGUCAGAGCACACUUUGAUCCAACGUAUCUGACGCGUGAGCUGAACGGCCUUUAGUCUUUAAUAUCCGUCAGAGGAAGCCUUGGGCUUACGAAGAGCACGGAGCUGUUGUUUUUAUCAUGUGCACAGUGUUUAAUAAUGUGCUUAUUGUGUGCUCACUGGAGUGUGUUAUUAUGUGAUGGAGCCUGGCGUAUGCGCGCAGUGAAAAAUAUCAGCGCAUGGGUCUGUGUGACUGUUAAUGUUUUUGUGAUAGUGUCUUUGUGCAAGUGCCAGCUCUGUAAGCCAAAUCUGAAUGUUACAUUACUGGAGCAUUGUCAACAAAUCUUUGGUACCGGCCCAGUGAACACUUCAAAUAUAGCUCAUGCCAUUUGUCGAUCCAGUUUACCCGCUGACUCUGUGCUUGAAUAUAUUUGGAUUUUCUUACCUCUCCUCAGGUUUUAGAUGGUUUGCUGUUUAACUUUUCGACUGAUGGUUGAUUACUUUUGCGUGCAUGAACAUUUGUAACUAACAAUGCUGCAGACUUAAACAUUACACACAUUUAGCCCUAAAAGAUUUGUUAAAAACCUUUUAAGAACCUUUAAACAGACUGAGGUACUGUUUCGAGGCUUUUUGAACAUUUGCUGGCCACAUGAAUCUCUUAAAGCUGAAUCAUCUGGGUGACUAAAGAGGUUUUCCAUUCAAUCAUAUCCAUGACAAGUAGUGUUUGUAAUUGCUGCUAUCUGCAGUGUUACAUUUCCAUGACUUUGUAAAUUCAAAUAAGUAAAAUACAAAUUGAAAUCCAUCAAAGUUUCUUUGUAUGCUGAUGACAACUGACUUUAUUGUUAGACUGAGAUAGAAAACAUGGUUAUUCACUGUCUAUCUGAGAAAACGAUGAGAUUAUCAAUACCUUGCUCAUGUAAAUUCAUUGAAUGCAUUGCAACAUUGAGCCAAUGGUCGGUGCAGUUUAGCAAAAAGAGUGAAAACAAAGGGGACAUAAAGCCUGGCACUCUUCAUAACCAGUCCCAUAAAACCUUGAAAUCCAACUUUCUAACAGGCACAUUGUACGGACUCUUUUUUUAUUCUUAGCCCCACCAAAUUAAUAUCUUUUAAUAACAAGAUGGUUUUUUAAAUUUUAGUUUUAGACUGGUUGAUCCUCUUUUGAAAACCCUGUUAAAUACCAGUCCUCUGUCACAGCUCUCAGGGUUAUAUAAGCUCUUCUUACACAAGUAAAUUUUCAAAGAUGGCUGGUUUCAGCAGUCCUCCACAGCAUCAAGUUUUUCCAUCAGAUGAAGGGAGUGGUUUCAGGAGGGCAAAACGUGGCAUUAAGGGGAUGCUGUAGAGUUUAAAUUAGCCAUACGGUUAAGCAUAGAGGAAGAUUUUCCUCCUAGGGUUUGCAGGUCAAGAUUGACAACCCAAUAUUAUUAUCAAAUCUAACACUAAUGUUGAACCACACAUAUCACAUACACGAACACUGAACUACAUUUAUCACAUCUGAAGUAAAUAUAAGUAAAUAAAACAGUUGAAACCAAUAAAAAAAAGCAAAGCAGACAGUAUAAAGACUGCCACUGAGUCUAUUAAAAAUGAAACAGUACAUUUUAAUACAAAAGACCCAUUUUAAAAAUCAUUUUACCAUAUCUGGAUUUAUAAUAAAUAGCAAAUAAUGGUGAUAGUUUAUAUUAAGGUCCUUCUAAGAAACAUGUAUUAGUUAAUAAACCACUUAUAAUCUGUUUUAAACACAGCCUUUAAGAAUAUUAAAAGCAUUGAUAAAUGUGUUGAUUGUGAUUUUUUUUUUUUUACUUACUAACAUUUAUAAAUAUUUAUAAGCACCUUACAAGGUAUCAUAAGUGGCUUAUUAACUAAUAAUAAAUGCUUAUUUACAAGACCUCAAUAAAAGGUGUUACCCAGUGUUUCUGAAGCAAUAGAGAGUAUUGUGUUGUUUGAAAAAGAUUGAGUUCUAGUCAUGCAUUGUUAUAUAUGUUAUUGUAAGUUAAACUGAUGUGGUUUUGGACUGUAGUGUGUACAAAACAGCCUUUUCCAUCAGUGUUGUGUGUUCCUGGUUCUACUGUAUAAAGGAAUGAGUGUGUAAGGACAUGCUUUACAAAGUGCAAAGAUAAUAGUGCAAAGAUUGAGACAAGUGAAAAAGGCAUUGGGGUUCAAUAUGGGGGAUCAAGGGAAGUCGUAGGCUGUGAUGAACAGGUGGUUUUAAAGGUCAUCUCCUACUUACUCAUGGUGAAUUUUUCUGACCUUGAUUUUUACUUUUACUGCAUUGCACACAUACCUUCACACAGACUUUUAGCAGAACUUUUGCCAAGGGGCUGGCAGGGAAAAGUACACGUAAAAAGUCAACGUUUGCAUUCACAUGCAGCUUACCCCCUAAAUCUCAGUUCGACAUUCAGGAGUUAAUUGCAGGGGUGCAUCGAGCUGCGCAAACACACACACACAUAUUGGCUAAAAGUGCACUGGCUAUUCUGGUCACAGUGAUGUCAGCCCAUCUGAUGAAAACUAAAUGUCGGAUUAAGUCACUGAUGGAUAAAGCAAAGUCAGCUGAUCCCUUUGUUUUCAGUCUAUAUGGUGCUGUAACUAAUACUAACCUCGCAAUCAACCUGGAUACCUUCUGCCAGAAAUGAUCCUUAAAAUCAAAGCAAAUCAGAAGUUCUUCACAGGAGCUAAAACUAAAUUACCAGAUCUGUGUUUCCCCACUUUAUUUGCUUUUACUGACCUACCACCUGUACUUCUCUUUUUCCUCUCUUUCUCCUCUCUCUUUUUCUGUCUGUGUGUCUGUUAGAGUAAAGAUGCUGGCAUCAGGACUCUGGUCAUGUUGGAUGAGCAGGGAGGUAAGUUAUAGGGAGAGAAACACUAUCCCUCUGCACUAUCUACACGUUAAAUCAGCGCUCCUACCACUUCUAUCCUCGCUGCUGUUUCAUGCUCUGUAAUGGGAGAGAUGUCAUCAGCAGUGCGUCCAGUAUAACACCGCCCAGUGCUCCUCCACUUUUCAGCACUGAGGAGAAUGACCUUUAUAGCUUAAUAAUUACAGGAGAAAAUUUAAUCUCUCUGAGCGCUGCUGCCAAGUCUGAACAGUAACCUGAGCAGCAGACUGAGCUAAUGUGACUAAAAUGAUUAUACUGGAUGAGACUGUUGAGCCAGCCUUCUGCUUUGCCUCCCUGUUAGUACAUUUUUAUGCUCGCUGCUUGUCAGAGAUACAUUAGAUGACGUUUAUUUAUCUUAACUGACAGUGUUUUGCUAAAAUUUUGGGCUUCAAAGCAGUAACGCAGUGACAUUUAAGGCUUUUUAAAGAAUUGCCAGAAUGUUUUUAACCCUGCUCUUUAAAACCUUGUUGCUGAUCUCUCAGAGACCUUAACUGACUGAAAGGUCAGAGGUCAGCGUGUAAAAAUGGUCUUAACAUUAUCCUUUCUCUGAGGAGAAAGGCUGAUCAGUUUGACUGGUAAAGACAAAAACAUGCUCCCACUCUCAUCAUUCCUCCACAUCCUCCCCACUUUUAACGACAAAAAAGACCCUGCACCAGUUUUACCAAUCCCAUUUAUAUAAUGUCCACCACUUCUUUCAAAUCAAUAACAGGCUUGAACCAACAGCUUUAAGGAUGUUCAGUUUUUACUUAAUUUUCUCCUGACUCUCUCAGGGAUGUGGUUUUUCUAGAUUAAUCCAGGUUUUCGACCCGAUUUAAGGUUCUUACUCACCUGGAAUGACGCAAAUCUAUAACGCGAAACAACGAAAUAUUCAGAGGCGAAUUUUGACGCGCCUGACUCUACACAUCAAGCGCGCAACAAUCAGCCGGUCGGCCAUGUUGGAUACACCGGUGAAUCUGACGUCGCAACAACACGAAAUCUGAUUGGUCGGAAGUGGACACACAGUAUGCAAAACUUUAGAAAAUUCAACCGUUAAACGAAAAAAUAAAUGUCGCAAUAUCACAGGAUGGGAAAACGUCACUGAUGUUAACGCUUGUAUUGACAGGAUACAGGUUCGGAAAAAAAAUGACGUCCGAAAUAAUUGCACGAAAAUAACGGUCCCGGUGUGAAAGGACCUUUAAUCAUGAGUAAUACAUUUUCACCAUUCAGUUGGACAAUCACAUCUAAUCUAGCGGUACAUAGAGCUCUCCAUAUUUUCCCGUUAAUGUAUGUUUUGGCUGCCUAUUAACCUAGGAUUAAUUGUUUAUCUACAGUCCUAAGCAAAGCAAACAGAUAGUCCUACACAUGUUGUGAUAGUGUACUAAAUGUUUUUCUGCUGUUACUCUUUGUGACUUCAUUUAGGGUUCUUGCCACUCUCAAGACAUACCCAUAAGGUCUUAGAUUAAAAUCAAGGAAAUUUAAGUCAUAAAUUGCCUUUAAUUGACCAGAAAUCUACCGCAGAUAUCACAUUUGAGUCACAGUCUCAUGGGAAAACUUUUAUGCAGCUGCCGAGCAUCACAGUAAAACAGUCAAAUUCAAUAAAGUCAUGAGUGGACAGAUUCCUGUUAUUACCGAGAGCGGGAACAGUAUGCUGUCUCUGGAAGUUUGUCGAGCUCAAUAUAAACAGAAACAGCAGCGUGACGCAGUCCAACUGCAGUUUGUUUGGAUUAACAUGCAUAGUGUUCAAUAUGUUUCAUCGUUUAGCAAAUUUAGAAAUUCUCUGAGACCUAGGAAGAUUCUUUCAAUAAUAUUUGUGUCUAAAAUAAUAUUUGUAAGGGUCUUAAAAGCCUUGAUUUUGACUUUGAAAGGGUGCAGAACCCUGCAAGCGAGGGGAAUCCAAAAAGUUUCAUGAAAAGCUGCAAGAGAAGAGAGGACGGCGUUCAUCAAACAUCACUUUCAAAGAGGAUUUUUAAGGCUGUCUUUAGGGGACUUAUGAUCAUGAAGAAACCAAGCAUGCUCACAAGUUUAUCUACCAACUUGAUGGACAAAAAAAAAGCAAAAUAAAAUAGCCUGUAACAGAUUUUGAAUGAACAUUGUGCUGCCACUGUAUAUUGCUGCACAUUAUACCUCUAUGGAAGGACAGAGUGGGACAAAAGCUGCUAAGCUCACCAGCUGACUGGACACUUUAACUUCAGUGUCCUUUUUUAUUCUGACAGUCCUGUUUAAAGAGACAGAGGUCACAUAUAUAAUCAACCUCGCAGUCGAAAAGUGAAGGGAAACACUGACACUGACCACAUGGGGUUGUGCAGCCUUGGAAGUGACGUUUUCAGACUUAUAAGGCAGUACUUUUGCUUCAUGCAUAACAUCAAAAUGACUGGGCUUUUGUGUGUGUCUUUUAAUUUGUGUGAAGAGAAGCGUCCACUCUUACUAUAUGCAGAUGAUGUGUGUGUGUGUAUGUAUGUGCAUUAUUACAGGCUUGUACUUAGCUCCAUGCCUGAAAGAGCAGCCUAAUUGGCCUGUCAGAGGAACAUAUAGCCUGUUUCCCCUCCGUCUCUUCUUCUCCUGCUGUCUCCCUGCCCCCAGACUACAGGCUGCCACAGUGCACAGCUCACUGCUGUUAGCACAGGACAGCAAUCAAUUCACAGAUUUAAAUUACCUCUCCCUCUCAGCAAAUGUCCUCUUAACCUGAUCCCCCAUCUGUCUCUCUCAUUCUUCCUCUCCUUUUUCGUUUUCUCCCUUCACUUCCUUUACUCCUCUCCACUGACCUCCACAUUCUUCCUCUCUUCCCGCCCUCCCCAUGAACACUUGGUUAAAAGCAUGAUGAAGCUCUUCUCUGUCUCCUCUUUUUUCCUAACCUAUCCUUCAUGUUAACAGAGACUAAUGAGGUACACAAUCCUCUAUUGCUGGUGUCAUGUAUUCGCCAUAAAUUCCCUCUGAUAUCACCAAAAAAAGAGAGAGAGACAGACUCUUAACUAAUAGCUUGGUGAGCCUAUGGCGAUUAAUAAAGUCUAGUUGUGGAGUAAACUGUGGUGAAACUAAUCCCCCCUGCCCUUUUCUCACAUGCAUGCACACACACAUAGGUCGUACAUGGGAGGGGAUUUGUCAUUUCUGCAGUGAUGUAUUACCAGCGGUUAAGGUCUCGCUGCAGCUAAUGAGUCCCUUCCUGCUCGGCUGUUACAUGCAUGUUGACCUGAAUUACACCUCAGUCAGGGCUGAUGGAUUGCAGCUCCGCCACACCGAGCCCAAGCAAGGUGGUUUAAAAGUAGCCAUGCAGUGUGGAAAUAUGGUGUGUAAGCGCAGACGUUUACAAUGAUGAAGGUUAAUCGCCCAGAACUGUUAACCUGGGGGCUGCACUUUUUUCUCUUUUUUAUCUACCUCCUCGCCAGAGGACUGAUGCACCAGCUCUGUAUAAGCUGUGUCUUAAGGUAGGGUGUAAGAUUCACAUUAAAACCAGCUGGAUUGUUACUCCAGUUCUUUCACUGUUUGGUUGCAUCAUGCAGACAAAAAGUUCAUCUCAACUAGGAGAGGCCAACCAAAACAUAGUUAAAAAAAUGACAUUUUCACUGUAUUUAUUCAAUCAGCUAAACCACAGGUGUCAAACUCAAGGCCCGGGGGCCAAAUCUGGUCCAUGGAACAAUUAUAUCUGGCCCACAAGAUCACAUCAUAUUUGUAUUAUUAUUGGCCCACCAGUAUGAAGUCUGCAGAUUUCCUCCAGUAUAAUGAUGUAAACUUUAGCACCAUUAUUUAAAAUGCCCUUAAUAAGCAACAAAAAUCUGAAAAAUUAAAGAGUAAGAAAGAUUUGAAAAAUAGUCAUAAAUGUGUGGGGGAAAAAUAUUUGGUGUUUUGAUUGGAUUGAUUGGACAUGAUUGGAUUUUUUGUUUCAUGCUUUGAUUUCGUUCAACUCAGUAUUUAGACUUGUCUUAUUUUUAUACUUUAGAUUCCAAUUUUAAAUUUUAAAUCGUAUUUUACCUUUUAAACCUGAUUUCAAUGUUCUCCUCAUGUAUUUCCUCUUUAAAAGCAUUAUUAUGGCCCUUGCUGUGGUUGAGUUUGACACCCCUGAGCUUAACUCUGAUUCCUACUCUUGUGCCUGGUUAUCUUGGUACAGGCUAAUUCCUGAAAUCAACUGUCAAUAACUUCACUUGCUUGUGGGGUAUUUAGGUGGGUAAUUAAUAUAGUGACUAAAAAAUAAAAAAAAAGUUGAUAUUGAGUGCUGAAAUUGACAAUUUCAACAUACUGCACAUUGAACUGGAGGUAGUCUUAUUUUUCAGGUUAAAGUCAUCACUUUUUUAAUCGAUGUAAUCUUUGUGGGGAAAAUGCUGGAGAUGCAAAGCAGCCUGGUAAACCCUCUGCUCCAACUCCUGUUUUUAAUUAUCACAUUUUUAAAAACAAUCAGUAUAUUUACCUGUUGUUUUAGAAAUAGAUUUAUAAUAUUGAUCCAGCUGAAACUGGACUUUAAAAACGCAUUUGAACAAGUAAGUCUGAGUAGAAUUGCACGUACAUCAAAAUUCUCUUAGUCAAACUAACGUACAUAGAUAACACUGUAGGGGAUCAAUUGCCAAUCCUCCAUGCACAGUAUACGGCUUAGAUUGACUGAAACUGGCUGGCCUAUGCACUCUGCACAUGCUCCAGAGUUUUCAGGCUGGUCUCUGAGCUGCAAGUCGAUUAACCCGAAGGUGUUGCUAAGAAGCUGGGUAGUAAACAAAACCUUGACAGAAGACGAAAGGACGUUAAAAAGGACAAAAAGCCACAGCGCUGUAAAUACAAGAGUGCUUUUAUUGUUUUGGUUCUUGACGUAGCACCGUCACCACCUACUGUAGUGGCGGUAAAAAUACUUUGUCAAUAAUUCGAUUCUUGCCCAGUGCUCGUAAACUGGGGCAAGGACAGUCCAGUCCAAAUCAGGCUAUAACCAUAAUUGGACUCAACUGUGAAUGUGAAUGUGCAGAUGUACUGGGGUUGCCGACCACUACUUCCUUGCCGUUCCUGUUGCUAGAGUCUCUGGACCUUUUCUGGAUAAAACAGAAAUCUAUGGCCAUCAGAUUUGAUAUUUUGAUUAUCAACAUUUAUUAAGCAGCUUUGGCGAGACAGAUUACCAUGGGCCACUGUUGCCAUGGAAAAGGAUCCAGUCAUAGGUGCCAAAUAAUGCGCUAACAAAUUCAAAACACUUUACACAGUGCAGCUGAGAAUGAAACACAAUGCCAGAAUUUGUGAAUUAAAUUAAAAAUGACCCAAAUUUUUAGACUAGGCUGGUUCCAGCCAGUAUAGAAAUAUCUUUCUCCCAGUUGAACACUGUACAUUAUAGUUUUACACCUCUGUUUCGGUUAUUGAGUUUAAACAAAUAAAAAAUGGCGAUAAAGACAUUAACCUGAAAGCCCAUGGUAAAGCACAUUUCUCAUAAUGUCUCUUUGUAAUAGCUGAGGUGUAAAUGUUUUCAUUGUUGAUGGAUAGAGUCAAUCCUCACGCCUCAGUUUCAGGAUCCUGGUAGAUGUCCAACUCUCGUGGCUUACUGGGGUUAGUGGAAAGACAGGCUCUCUUGUUAACGUCAUUACUUUUUCCUACAAAGAGUCCACAGUAGAAAACAGCUCUUGUACACAUUUGUCAUGAUUCGAAUCACUCUAGUGUCUAAUUGUUGAAAUCAGGUGACUGAUUUACAGGCAAGGAGGAGGAGGAGGAGGAGGAGGAGUAGUGAGGAAGGCCCUCUCACAGUAAUCCUCCAUCAGAGUGGAAGGUUUAAGUCUGAGCAGAUAAACAAUACUUCUCUCUUUCUCUCACGUUUCUCCUCUGCUCAGUGCCUCUCUGCACUCUUCCUGGGAUUAUUACCACUGGAGCCCGUUUAGUGGUCGUGUGAAGCAAUUUGUCGUUACUCUCCUCACACACAUACAGCACAAGUGGCAGAUUUCUACCUUACAGGUGGCUGAAAACACACCUUAAUCCUUCUCCUGAUCCUCUCUCCUUAGCUGUAAGAUUUGUCUCUUAUCUCCGAGGUGAGAAAAAAAGAGAGUUGAGUCUGAAAAGGAGGCGCAGGCGAAAAUAAUUGUUUUGUCGUCUAACUUUCCUUGUAAAUAGUAAAGUGCCUCCUGGAUCAUAUUGGAUGACAGGACCAUUUCUUCACCCUGCUUCACUCUAAUAUUUACAUUUCAUAUUUUGAUGGUUGGAUGGACCCAUCAGCUUUAGGGUUAAGAAACUGCUUCUUUUUACAACCAGCACCUUGACUCUUGGAGCAGAGGUUUGACAUGCAAGGGUCUAUGAUGUAAUGUAACAGUGAAUUCACUUUUACUGCAGAGUUACUCAUUGACCAUCAAGCAUGAAGACGUAUAUUAUCUGAUAUCCUUCUUCACAACACACUCAGGGGUAACUUGUGGUUUUCUGGCUUUCCUAACCUUGUUGUAGGAGAUCCCACUCGUGGUCCCACAAAGACAGUUAUUAUGAGCGCAUCUGCACGGGGCUGUGUUAGCAACAUACAACCUCUCCUGAUCAGCUCUCAGAUCUCCUUGAUAAAUAAAAGUGAUUGAUCAGUGGGUGGAGUUUUCUCUUUAAACAUAUUCUGCUAAAAGGAGCAGGUUAUGAAUCCGACAUGGAAAGAAGCAAACCAUCUUUGUAGUACCGAGAACCAAGAGUUAACCAUGAAGUUAGAUCACUGACUGCAAAUCCUGCUUUUUAGUAUUACCCAGAGAAAGUACGUUUCAUUGAGAUUGAGAUAUAUAUUUGUAUAUAUCACAUUCAUCUAUCAAGACACCAAAUUUCAAGAAAUUACAAGCCAGAGCUAGUACCCAAAUUGCUUCCUCUGAGGUUCAUUUUUCUUGCUGCACUGGAAGCUAUUUUACUUUUUAUAUUUAAUCAAGUCCGUGUGUUUGGUAUGUCAUAUCUGAAAUGGAUUUUCAAACCGAGGCUGGUCCAGUACAUGUGACUCAUAUUAAGUGUAAUAAGAAUUUUGGCUGGAAACUGCACAAGCCAUUUUGGUAAAGUUUGAGUUUUCGGUGUGUCCAGACCGAGACAAGUUAUGUCAGAGUAAGAAGACUUAAGAUGAAAUACAAUUCAAAACAACAAACAAAGAGCAGAUGUAGAUAAAUGUAAGGAAAUUUCAUGAGCGUCAACAUGAAAAAAUCUAUACCUGGAUGUACUUGCAUUAAAUUCACGCAGUUUCCCUUUAAAUGGAUCCAAUCAAACCCUAGAUUUAACAGCUCUGCAGAUAAUUUCAGGUAUAGAGAGCUGCAUAUUUGAACAUCUUCACCUCUGAUUCUCUUUCCCACAAAAGUUCAAGCCUCAUAAAUACAGACAUUUCGCUAACAGCAGGCCUUGGUCGUGGAUCGUAUGUUUCUUAGGAUCUUAAACCUGUGUUUUACAAUCGUGUGCGUCCUCUUCAACACAAUGUGACUAAUCAAACCUGAGGAGUUUUUCCUGGCAGGCAGAAUGCCCCUUUCCACUGAUGGAGAUUACAGCUCUCCUGUCCUAUAACCAUUAACCAGGCAGAGAGAGGAGCUGACCUUGACUCGGAGCUUUUUAUAGCUCUGUGUCCAUCUGAGGCUGCAGGAAGCUGCGGCUCCUGAACGAUGCUUUUCAUCACAUUCAUGAAACACUUACUGAAAGCAGCAGUGUGUCGCUGCGGAUGGAGGUAGGAAACAAAAGCUGGUUGGACUGUAAAGAAUCUAAGGUGAAGACAAUUACAUUGAAGGCCAAUAGUUUACUCCUUUUAGUCCUUUAGUCAUGAUCUUUAAAGCUUGCCGUCUGCUUUGCCUUCUGCAUCGCACCAAACUUUUCCUCUUGCACUCUAGCGUAGAGCGCCACCCCUCCAAAAUCAAACCAUUUCACUCCUCUCAUGCCUUUGUCCUCACCAGAACAACUUGAUCGUGUGGAGGAGGGCAUGAACAAGGUGAACGCAGACCUGAAGGAGGCCGAGAAAGAUUUAAAAGAUAUAGGACAGUGCUGUGGUCUGAUUUGCCCAUGUAUUAAAAAGUAGGUACCGGCCAGGAGCUCCCAGCUCUUGCCUGUCCAGUGCUGGUGGUGGUAGUGGUGAUGUCUGAUGUCUCUCUUGUCACAGUCAACGUCUUUUUUUGUCUUUUCUCCUUUGUCUCCCCUUCUCUACUCCCCUCCCCUCCUUCCACCCGCAAAUUCUUCCUCCUCUCUUCUCUUCUCAUGUGCUUUCGUUCUUUUGCUGGGAAAAUGACAAUGUGUUGGUAAUCAGAGCAACUGGAGCGCAUCGAGGAGGGGAUGGACCAAAUCAAUAAGGACAUGAAGGAUGCAGAAAAGAAUUUGAACAAUCUAGGACAGUUCUGUGGUCUAUGUUCAUGUCCCUGUAACAAGUAGGUGCUGCCUGUGUCGCCUGACUGCAUGUGUUUCAGUGCCUGCCUUCCUGCCUCUCUACCUGUGCGCCUGCCUCUGGUGUAUAGAGCUUGAUGAACUGGGGUGUGAGCGGUCGGGCACAUAGCUACGGCAACAUGUACUCUGAACAGGCACCAGCCUUGCAUGCAUGCGUGGGAGUGUUUGAAGACUGUGUGCAUGCAUGAUCAACACACACGUUUGCACAGUGCCAUUUUAUCAGCCGUCAUGGCUGCUGACUUCAGAAGCCCUUCAUUAAACAUUGGAUGAGAGAUUCUCUUCCAGCAGGUAGCAGCAUCCCCUGGGAUCUGGGCCACAGGACCCCCUCACCUUCCUGAACCCCACCCUCUCAUUUCCCCUCCCUUACUCCCUGCAGCAUGACUCUUCAUGCUGCAUACAAAGUCCAACCAAAGAAUCAUCAACUAGUUGCCUUCUCCACUACAUGACUUACAUGAAUGUAUCACUUUCUCCAAUAAAGGAAAUAAACUGUACAUGUUGAUAUGUUUUAGGUUUCACUUUAAACUCUAAUUUAAGGUUGGAUGCACAGUUAAAUGUUAAAAAAAAAAAACAGGUUAUGAUGGUUUUCAAUCCACAUUAACCCUUGAUUUAUUUGAAAAUAGUUCAGAGAACAAGAAAAACAACUGCAGGAACAUCAACUCAGAUAAAUACCUAACUAAACCCGUUAACACUUUGUGAGCAAAUUGUUUAACAACUGCAGAGUAACGCUCCUCUGCUUGAAAUUACAAAGAAUUUAAAGAUUAAAAUACCUAUGGUACAUAAUAUCAUUAAAGGUUCAGACAAUGUGGUGGAAAGCAGUGUUAACAUUUAACUUUCAAAACUCCUCAGCAUUUUUGGAGUGAAGAAAAGGGGGAUUCAACACAUUGCCCCAGUCUGAACCCUUGUGAACAUAUUGUUGGCAUCAAAUUCAAAAUAAGCAUAUUAUUAUUAGUCUUCUUGGUAUUAUUUUUAAUCAAACAAAGGGUCUAAAAAUGAUUCACAAACCAUCAAUGUUUGUAUUUGUUAACAUUUAACUGUGUUAUAUGUUUUUUUCAGAAUUGGAGUUUGUAAUUAAAAACAACAUGACAUUUCAUAAACAUGUUACACAGCUAGUGGAAUGGAACGGGGUUGUCAAAUGAGAAACCUUAGUUUUGUAUUUUUUGUUAAUGUUUUCUAUCUCUCUUGCUGUGGGUUUGAUGAUACCACUGUUUUGUUUUCAAUAGUCAAUAUGUGACUCGAGCCUGUGACUGGGUAGUUUAACCCAUCAUAAGAGAAGAAAUGAGGCCAGCUGUUAUUCAAUUAUAACCUCAUAUUUGCUUAAACAAGUAUGUUAGUGAACUUAAUGCAUCAUUCAACACUCUGCAAGAAUGCAAAAUGUUAUACAGGCAGUAAAAAAUGGCAAAUUACAAUGCAAGAGAGCGUUAAAGGUGUGGUUUGUAACUCAGAUAUCUUGCAAUUAUAUCUAUAUACUUUUCAUCGCAAUGUCCAAGAAGAAGUGGACUUAAAAUUAUUCUCUUAGAUUGAUAGAAAAGUUUAAAAUACUUUUUUGCACAUUCAGAGUUUUAAUGGAAGUGAAGGAAGUAUUUAUUCAGCCCUUAUGUUGAAGCGUCCUGCACCUUUAAUGAGGACCGGGUCAUUUUUUGUGUAAUCAAAAUUUGAGAUUAGUUCAAUAUUUAAUAUCAUCAGUUAUUGACAGAACGGUACCUCUUAAUAUUAAACACAUACAUUUGAAUUAUACCAACUUUGGUAGGACUGUCAGACUUGAGGUUUUAUGAAUGUGACCAUAACCCUCACCUCUCCUCCCUCAAAAGUGUCCUGUAUGAUGAAACAUCAUACAAGAGUGAGGCAAACUUGUUUCCUAGGCACAAACAUCAUUUCAAAAUAAAUGUAUUUUCUCAUUAAAACACUAGUAUGAAGGUGGAUUUUAAAUGCUAGUUUUGCCAAACUCCUGUGUGAUCUGUUCACUGGCCCUAAACAGCCAAACUAUGGCCGCUGAGUCAUGUCUGAGCAAACUACUCUGGAACCAAACAUCUACUGUACACAGAGUUCACUCUCAGAGCUAUAGAAAACACAAGUGGCUGACAAAAAACAAGACAUGAAUGGAAAUGCCGGUAAAUUAGAGUUGGGUUUAAAACAUCAUGUUAUAAUUUUUUUUUUGCCUUUUUGUCUUUUAUUUUGGAGGUGGGUGAAGGAAACGAGGCCUUAAUGCUUUAUCAAAUGCAGUACAGUGAAUUCUCUCGAGAUGCGCAAUAUCUAGAUGUCCAGAUAUCUGAUGUUGUAAUGGAUCAGGCUGUAAAUGUGUGUAGAAAUCACUUCAUGUAGGGUAGGUAGAGGUAUUUCUGCAAAGUGGAAGCAGCUUAAUAGACUACACUAGGGUUCCAAAUACACCAAUAGCUGGUAAAAUUUUUGUUCCUCUUACAAAAUGAUGCAUCAUCAAGUGCUAUAAUGUGAGCAUCUUUGUCAUUCAUUCCUUUAGCUUCUCUUUAUACAGUUCCCAGGUCAGUAUGACAGUACUUGGUGGUGCUAAAACUGGCUGCAGCUACUGUUGCUACAUAUUUAUUGGAUACAUCCUCAUUAUGAUAUCUUUUUGUCUGAUUUUGUGGGUGGCACAUGUUUUGCAGUUCGCAUAUUGUUUUUAUCAGAAUCUUUAUUAUAGUCAUUUAUUACAAAUGAUCUAGUUUUCUGAAUAUCAGCCCGUGAUUUACUAGACAGAUCUGUAUCAUGCAUCCCUAGAAUUCACUGCUGUGCAAGUAAGGUGCAAGUGUCCCCUUUUUGUUUUGUUUUGUUUGGAGGAACAGCUUAAGCAAAACCAAAGAAAAUCAAACAGAGAUUGAAAAUACCAUUAAACAUUUUUUACUACAGACACAGCUUUUUUUCCCCCAAACAGGGCUCAAACGGAUUUCGAUUUAAGCAAACAUAACUAAUCUGUUUUAUUUGCUUAUCUGUAGGAGCUGGUGUUUCUCAAGAUAGUCACGAUCUCACUUAGGAUUGAAGUCCUUUUUUGACUGUAUGGCUGUAUAUUCAGAGUAGCUCCAUCUGGCCCAUUUUGGUCCUGCUUCCAUUCUGUUUCCAUUCGUGAUUGUUUUGGGUUCAGAUCUUGUCUUUUCUAUAGCUCUCAGGUCCUCCCGCUCAUACAACACGUGUUAUGUAAUCCUGUGGUUAUGUCAUGUGUUCCAUCUGAUCUAGACGCUUUAUAUGGCAGCCAUGGGUCAAAUAGCAUGAGGAGAAUAAUUCUUGCUUGUUGUUGUGAACUUUCUAGAGCAGCUGAUGGGUGCAGCUCACCACUGUUGUCUUUUAUACACAACUUAACAGCCGUCAUAAUAAUAAGAAGGCUCGUGUAUUGUGUGUUAUGUUGCCAUUAGUGUUGGACUCCACCCAUCAGGUUCUCUAUGUGCAAUAAAACAAUGCUAAGAAUUACAAAUGCCUAUUUGACAGUUUUCCUACACUCUUGUGCAUCCAGAUGAAAUGAAGGGCUGUCUUGCAUGCAAAAUGAUCUCUGUUCAACUUUGUUGUUUUUUUUUCUGGGGUUUGAUUUUUCCACUAUGGUUCUAACUGUUUGGUUUUCUUUUAAUAGAUACAGCAUGUGUCUGAUCCUGCUCCUCUUCAUCCGUGUCGCCCUACCUGUGUCAUGUUUUAUGUUUCUACCCUGCAUGUCUUCCCAGUCUGCAUGUCUCCAUGUCCGUGUGUGUCCGUGUCUGGAGUCACAUUGUUCCGUUCUGUGUUGUGUGUUUGCUCUACUGUAUGUGCUUGUGGGAGGAUGUUCCUGGAAAGGAAACACAAUGCACAUAUCGUAUGAGCUUAUUGUGCUAAGAUUCAAUUGAUCUGCAUGUUAGAUCAAUUAUUAACAGACAGACUGCAAAUGCAUGUAUGUAUUUUUUAACAUACGUGGCUGGCAUGUUGCUUUAAGUAGGCUAAUUGGCUUAACACUAAAUAAUGUAGUACAUUCAAAAACAUAUAUUAAUGUAUAUGUUUGAAUACUGAAUUGCUAGAAAACACACCCUGUGCCCAUAGGCAUACAUAAACACAUUUACACUCCAACACACAGCCGCUGCAUGCACAGAUCUACAUACGCCUAGUCUUAUAAACAUCACAAACACGUACAGCACACCAGAUACAUAUAAAUAAGCAAAUACAUACAUGAAAACACACACACACCUACACAAGCGCCCACUGCAUUAAGUACCCUGGCCCUGACUGAAUUGUAUGUGUGGUAGGAUUAAGGGCGGGGGCCAGGCCUGGGGAGGGAACCAGGAUGGAGUGGUGAACAGCCAGCCUGGAGCUCGAGUGGUGGAUGAGCGUGAACAGAUGGCCAUCAGUGGGGGUUUCAUCCGCAGGUAAGUGCAUGUGUGUGUGUGGAGGUGGUGUGCUUUCUUGUUUCUAAUGUCUGCAGAGGUUCUUGCGUGUACGGUUGUGAGUUAGACUGUGAGACCUGUAAUUACAGAAAAUUAUAGAGAGCUAAUCCUGGAAUAGGUUACCGUUUUGACACUCUGCCAUCAUAAUGGCUGUCAGUAUGUGACCCUUGUUUCCAUAUGAUUUGCUGCUAUGUUUAGACUCACAGACUGAGAGAACAGACCAUCUGUCGCAAUAAGUUCUCAGUGUUUAAUAAAGGAAUGUAACUGUUUUAUAUUUAGAGGAAAAUAAUCAACAUUGGAGCAACAAAUUGUACUGAAAGUUACAUAUUUUUCCACGUGUUUCCAACAACUUUUGCGUGAGAAUUGUCACAAUAUCACAUCAGUCUCAGAGUUUAUCAUGUGAAUAUGUAUUUUAUACAUAAACAAGUGAAACAAUCCACAAUCAGAGAAUGAGUUUCACAAAGUCACAGAUCAUUGUUUUAAUCCACUUGCAAGUCUCAGAUCUCUCUUGGAGUUCAUUUGAGUAAGAGGUCCCAGAAUUUGGAACCAUUGGAUGAAACAUUGACAUAUGACUGAGGUUCUGUAGUCCUAGUUAACUGUGGCUUAUUCUCUUUGUACUGCAGCUUUUCUAAUCUCCAGAAAGCUGGUGUUUCAGGUUGAUGUGAGGAGCUGUCUAUGGUACUGAAUCUUAACAGAAGCAGAGGCAGUGGGGUUUAAAAGUUUAAGUUAUGCCAACAGCUGUAGAGUUACCUAUUUUAUUUUUCAUCGCUGUCAGGCAGACAUCUUGAACCUCUAAGACUACUUAUUUUCAGGAGGUUAAAAUCAGAAUUAGACUCUAAGUCAAGGGCAUCAAGUUAGAAGACCUGCAGACAGGCAUAGAGGGAGAUCAAUUGUGGUGAUUUAUGCAAAAAUUUAAUAAAUAAAUAAAUCAUUAGAUACAAGGAAAUACGAGGUUCCUGCCCUAGCGGCACAUAUGAAUUCUAACUGAUCGUGUACUUUGUUUGUAAGACUUGUGCUUUCCAUAAUUUUCAGUCCAUAAUUAGUCUACCCCAUCCUGUGUCUCUCAGGGUAACAGAUGAUGCCCGAGAGAACGAGAUGGAUGAGAACCUCGAGCAGGUGGGCGGUAUCAUUGGGAAUCUGCGUCACAUGGCCCUGGACAUGGGUCAGGAGAUCGACACCCAGAACCGCCAGAUCGACAGGAUCAUGGAGAAGGUACUGUUGAAAAAGCACUGCUAUGAAGAAGACGAGCAUUGUAACUUUGAUUUAGUUUACAAAUCACCACUCCAAAUUCAUUCCAGAAGAAGGUCAGAUUAAGUUGGUUCUAAGUAAUGAUCUAAGUCAUGAUCAAAGUCAACGUUAUUCUCAGAAAAAUGUAUGCUGUGGUCUGUUUUGUACAAUGCAUUUGGAUUAAAGCCAGCCACUCACAGAGAGCUAUAGAAAAGACCUGAAUGUAGUUCAGCUAAAAUGUUUGGUAAAAGUCAGAGGAUGGGAGUUAAAGUGUGUAUUGUAAGACCUGUGGUAGUAAUCUAGACUCCAUGGCAGCUUAACUAUAGAGUAUUUAGCUGAUAUUUAACAUGGAUUACAUGCAUGGCAUUAGGCUGUGAGGCAGCGGAUGCAGCGGUGCUGAUUUGGAGCAGAUUUAGCCCGAGUUUGACACAGUAAUGGAGGAGGAAAUCUGAUUCAGAGCCUAUUGGAUAAAAUCUGGGUGUUAAGCCUCCCAAUUGUGAUCUUGGUCCAUUAGUACAGCAGGUAUGUCUUCAUUAAAGGAUAAUUCCGCUUUAAUUUACCUUGGCAUCUGUCCCUUAAAUGUCCUGUGAAUUUUAUACAUGGUGCUUACUCUGAUCCCUACACCUCUGAUAGAGACAUUUAGGACACAAAACAUCACCUGAGGCUAUUCAAGAAAUAAUUUUAAAGCAUUUUUAACAUAAAACAUAUCAACAACUUGUCUGAGUCCGGCCAUGAAUAAAUGAAUAUAGCAAGAAGCAGCCUCACACAACUAUUAUUUACCAUUUUCACACAGCAGCCAUUGUCCUCUAUCGUCACACUGGAGGCGAGAAGCUCAGAUAAUGUUAUGAUGUGGUGCUUCUUGACUCCAUGUAAACAUAGAAAGUUAAUCAACUUGGUGCUGGUUCAACACCUCUGGAUUCAAUGGCAAAAGAAAAGUAUCUGGAUAAUAUACUAACUGAACAUUUUUUGGAACAUUAGACCCAAUUUAAAACAACAUUAGAUAACCCAUUAGCAACAGUAACACCACAGCAAGCCUUAGCAGUCAACUGUUGCUUAAAUUAUCAUUAUCCACUGAUCUGCAGCAUGUUAAACCACCAAAUAACCGUAGGCUUCUCUUGCUACAGUGAUGGCGAAUGGGUCAUCAAGUGUGUUGAUUUCUAAAAUUGACCCAAUUUCUCUCAGAAUCUGUCUUUUAAUUACUUCUCUGUUGCUGCUGACUCAAAACAACUUUAAUUCUGUGUACACAUCCUGAUAACUGAAUAGUAGCAUUUAUAAAUUGGCCUUUUAAUGAUAUUUGAGCGCCCACUUUAAGGCAAAGGAACACUAGCCACCAUGUGAAAACUGAGAAAGCCAAAUGCAUUGAGUUCUGCAUGGUUGCAUAUAGAUAGAGAUUUAUUCCAAUCAGCAACCAGCAGCAUUAGAAAUUAAGCCGCUGCAAAAAACUGCAAUUCCUCCAAUGCCCACUUGAGGCCAACUCUAAAACCCAAUCAUUUCAAUGUAAGCCACAUGUGAAAACUUUUUUUUUGGUCUUUUUGGCUCAUUUCUAGAUUCAUAUAAACUGGCAGAAAGUAAUUUUCUUAACAUUCAGACUCAUGCUGACCUGAAUGACAUGAAUGAGUCACCCAGACACAAAUGGCUGCCAUACAUUGCAAGUGUUGGUUUGAUGCGUUGGCUGUGCAUGUCUCAAAAAACAAAUGCAACAUGGAUUCAAGGUGCAGAAUGUAAAUACACAGCAGGGGCGGUCUGGAGGCAGGAUGGAGGUGACAGAGUGUACAGCAGCCUGGAUCACAAACAUGUAACACAUAUUCACCCAUAUAAUCCCAUCAAGCUUGAUUUAGUGGCCUUACACACCUCCUACGUCGCUGCAGCUGUUACUUUUUCUGCCUUGAUCCCAGCGUUAACAUAAGAGUAACCUCCUUUGGUUUACAUCCCACACAUUCAUAAGUUUUACAAGUUUACUGAGCUUUACGGCAUGCCAUCUGGGGGUCUCUAACAAUAAAACACAGAGUCCAGUAUAUUUACAGUCAUGUUCAUGUCAUAUGAUUCACAUACGUAGAUGCAAUACUACACAGCAAGUUUAUGUCAUAACCUGGCUCAUGGCUAUGAAAAAAAGAUGGUUGGAGCACAAGUUACCAAAGUAAAUGAGUAAUAUAUUCCCAAAUUAGAUCAAUCAAACUGAAGAUACUAAUGGAUAUGAAGUGUGUAAAGUCUGUAAGAUCAAUGGCAUUCAUGUGGGAGUGUGAACACACUGUAGUGAGAGGUUAAAGAGUGCACAGACACAAAAGGACUAAAGAAAUGGUGCUACGUUGGUUUCCAAGCAACACCAAAAAACACAUACAAAUGAAACCCCCACACCACACAUACAUGCAGGGCCAUCACUUAAAUCUCCUGCCUGGCUUUAUAUAAGGGGCAUAGCAGGUUGACUGACAGGUGGGCAUAGUGUAGCUGUUUACUAAGAGGUCAACAGCCCACCUCAACUUCACCUCUUUGCCUGUGCGUAGGUCGGUCUACAGUUAGGUUAUAUUUUUAACAUGGUGACCACCAUUGCUGGACUUCAUAAAGCCUCUACAGAAAUAAAUGGGACAAUGUGCAUUUUUUAUAUGUUCUUUAGUACAUCUUGUUCAAUUUUCCAGCUUCUUUCCCAUUUUUAAGUAAAUUAUAGAGUGUGAAAUAAACCUAACUCUCCCUCCUAAAAAAGCUCUCAGUAUUUCUUUUCAAACAAUUUACAAGUGACGUCUCUGUUUUCUUUCAGGCUGAUUCCAACAAGACCAGGAUUGAUGAGGCCAACCAGCGUGCUACGAAGAUGUUGGGCAGUGGCUAAACUGCUGCAAGAAGUGCUUUCAUCCCUCUCUAACCCCAGUCACCUGAAAGAUAACAACACCAACUGUACCCCAACCCCAACACCAACGGCCAGCGCCCACCUCCUACGCUGCAACAGCAGGCGCUGCAAAAUCAUGCUUUUAUUGUGAAACUUGUAGAGGUUUGCACACAUGCACAUAUCAUACAUCCCUCUGCCCUCAUCUCAGCCCCGCCUAUCACCCCUCCCUCGCUCCCUCCCUCCCUUGUUGUCAGUGAUGUUCUGUGUUGUUGCUCUUUUGAUUUUGUUAAUAAACGAUAGUUCUGUCACUCAGACUCUCUCCACAUUGUACAUAGUGCUUCUUAAACGUCUUUAUUGAUCUAGAUCAUUUGUCCUGUUUUCUUCAUCACUCUUUUUUUUAAGUCUAUGUGUAAUAUAAACUGUAUGUACACCUUGUUCCAAGAUGUUCUUCCCUUAUGUCAGUAUUCUGCUGUUGUCCAUGUCAGAGACACACUGUGUUCAUCAGUAAAGAUGUUGUAAUGCUACAUGGUAAAGCCACGGUGACUUGCAGUGAAUAUAGUGAACAUGCAGCCCUCACAGCUUGGUAAAAAGGCCAAUGUUUGAUUACAAGGUCAUUUCUUGUAGAGUUGAUUACAUAGUGAAUAUGUAAGUAUGCCAUAUGGAUGAAACUAUGGCUCUUUGAUCUGACUGUUAGUGUAUCUUACAAACUCUAUUAAUAGAGGAGUAUUAUUGCAAUUUGAUGCCAUGAUUGAUUGUAUGGUAUAUACACCUUUUCCUCAGGGAGCUAAAUCUGACCAUUCAAAAGCAAAGGCUGAACAUUCAAUUGAUUUGUUUUAAUUCAUCAAAACUGCAUCAUGAGGCUAAGUGUAAGUGCAAAUAUGUGAGCAGCAUAAUUGAUGGACUACUGAGCAUAAACUGAAACAGCUAAACCUGUGAAAUGAAAAGAGUUGGAGCAUAGCCAGACACCAACAACUUCUGCUAGACUUCUUUACCCACAAUUCAACCCUUGCAAUAUUAAGUCCUGCAUAGAGUGUGUUAUGCAUGUCCAUCCGCUGCUAGAAGACACUGAAUAAUUCAUUUAUCCAGGCAAAAAUAUCCUAACAUGGCAACCGCAUGCUCCAUAUGUAGGCCACACAGAGGAGAGGCCAUAUUUAUCUGCUAUAGUGCCACUCUUUUUGUUUCAUGUCUCUUUACCUAAUCCAGACUGUGAUCAUCACUGUAAAUUAAAACCUUGGAAAAUGCCAAUAAAACCAUCAUAACUGUAGAACCAAACUCUGCUUACUUUCUAUUUUUGCAGCACACAACACUGCUUCUAGGUGAUAUAUUGGUCCUGUGCAUUAUAUCAACUCAGCUUUAUUCACAAAGGUUGAUUAAGAGGACAAUUCAUGCUUUGAUCACCUACCUGAAAGGAGGAGGGAAAUUUGGCUGGAUGGAGUUUCUGUGUCUGGGUUUUACCCUAAACCAUAUGCAGUCUCACCUUAUUGUUACAUAACUGAAUGAUUGGAAACACAAAACUGACUCCAAAAAAACAAGCUGAUGUUUGUGUACUUAAUACCUCUUGUAGCGUUUUUGGGCAUGUAGCUGAUGAUGCCAGCUGGAGCAUCAAAACACUACUGACAAACUAUUAGAGCAAGACUGACAGUAAGAUUGUCACUUCCUCUAGAUUUUGAAUUUAGAAGUAAAAAGAUGUGGCAGUUAGAAUAUGAAUUUUUCACUUCCAGACAUUUCACUUCUCCUGUGGGUAACUUUGAGUUAAGAUCAGUUUUGGCUCCCCCUCUGGACAAAACAUUCAUUGCUUAUCUUGUCCUUUACAUACCUAAAUCAUGUUUUUCCAACAUGAAUCUCAUCCUGCUGCGAUUUUACAGUAAAAUAGAUCAUAUAAUGUGAGGAUAUUUCAUGUCUUAAAUUUGUGCAUGAGGUAGGUGUUAGCAAAACAUUUAAAGAAACAUUUAAAUUAACUUGCAAUUACAGUACAAAAAACAUUACUCUUGUCACUAAAGGUCUUGUUUGUUUUUAUAAAUCAUAAAAAGGGAUCAAUAUGAUACAAAGUGCAUUUCACAAAGAUUUCAAUAACUCCAAACAGGAGUUUUAAACUCAAUUGAUUAAAAUCUUCCAAAGCAAAGACAUGUUUGUUUAAUUAAAAAAGACUUUCCAGAGCAAAAUAUCACAUCUGUUUUCAUUCUUCAUGUCCGUAUGUGCUAUAGUCUUAAUGAGAUGAAUUAUUUAAGAUGUUCGAAAUAUUAUUAAUUUCUUUUGAUUAUAAAAAGUUCUUUUUUUUCACAGAUAUAAAAAAGUUCACUAUGUAUAACAUGUCCAAGUCACAUGAUCUGGCUCAAUACAAGCAAGAAGAUCUGCAAUCUUACCAAAUCAAACCUUAAUGACAGUGGCAAAAAAAUAAAAAUAUACAAUGCUGAAGUUCUGAAAUCACAAGUAAGCAUCAAUAUAAUGCUGUGUUUGUUAUGACCAGACUAGAAUAUUCAAGAAAAUGUAUUAUUCUCUAAGUCCCUGCCUAAGAAAGUCAGAGGUCACAGAGCUUAUCCCAACCAGUAUGUUGCUCUGAAACUGAAAUGAAAUGGUUACAAUAAGCAACAUAAACACAGACAUGUAAAGUAUUAGAGUGUAGCAUGCUCACGUGGAAAAAAAUAGAGGAGACUGAUAUGAUUGAGAGAGAAUGAGACAGGGAGGGACAGAGAAGGAAUGAUGUGCAGCAGCAUAUUACACUAAUGGACAUCUACUGUGGUGCCCUGGGCUUAGGCCGGAUUAGAGUUUACCACGUCACUAAGAACGCUCACACACACUCCUACACACAUACACACACACACAUGCACAACCACUUACACAC